AUGUUACCCAGCACAAAGCAGAGGAAGAAGCUUCCUCCUGAUAAGGAAGUGUUAAGUGAAGUCAAGAUCUCAGUAUGGAGAAACAAAGAUGAGCUAAACUGGACAAUUGCAAUGCCCACAAUUUUUCACACCCUUGAUGGACAGAAUUCAAGACCUGGGUAUGAUUCAUUGUUUAACAGCUUUUUAUCUGCAGAGUGUGAAAACUUGAUAAAACAUUUAAAAAAGACAUUUGAAGAUAUAAGAACUGAUCAUGAACUGUGUCAUAAAAUGGAAAACUCUAGCUUGUUGGGGGGGAGUCUCCUAGGUCUCAAUAAGAUAAACAUGAAUUUCCUAGAGUUCCAUCUGAUGGAUGAAGGUAACAGUAGUGAUAAAAUUAAAGUAUUGAGCUGUCCUGACAUCCAUGCAUAAGGUGAAUGCUACAGUCUGUGUGCAGCAUAUCAAGUGCAAUGACUUCUACCAACACCACACACGAUAUUUUCUUAAUGUGUGAUUCCAUACCUGAAGGUAAUGCAAUGCAAGAUAUUUCAUCAAGUGAUAAAGUGAUUGCUAACAGUAUCACCCAGAAUAUUACAUAGUUACAUAGUUACAUACCUGAAAAGAGACUUGCGUCCAUCAAGUUCAGCCUUCCUCACAUUUUGUUUUUUGCUGUUGAUCCAAAAGAAGGCAAAAAAAAACAGUUUGAAGCACAAUUUUGCAACAAGCUAGGAAAAAAAUUCCUUCUUGGCCCAAGAAUGGCAGUCAGAUUUAUCCUUGGAUCAAGCAGUUAUUACCCUACAUUGAAAGAGUAUAUCCUUGAAUAUUGUGUUUUUGCAUGUAUGCAUCUAGUAGCUGUUUGAACAUCUGUAUGGACUCUGAUAAAACCACUUCUUCAGGCAGAGAAUUCCACAUCCUGAUUGUUCUUACAGUAAAAAAACCUUUCCUUUGCCUUAGACGAAAUCUUCUUUCUUCCAGUCUAAACGCAUGGCCUCGUGUCCUAUGUAAAGUCCGGUUUGUGAAUAGAUUUCCACACAAUGGUUUGUAUUGAUAUAGCCAGUGCCACUCAGGAUAUUGUAAUACAGUUGAGUGAGACAGCAGAAGCCAAUGUCACUUAGGAAUUUGAAUUAAAAAAACAAGUGGAACUGUGACUAAUGCCCAGGGGCGUACCUGAAGUCCUUCCCUGGCUGUAGGUGGAGGUGCAGGGAUUUCUGCUUGCUGCACCUCCAUGUGCAGCAGUUACAGCAGCUGUAAGGGCUGCGUUAAGCCCUGCCCCCACUUGCGGUUAGACUCUGCCCCUAAACGGCCAUAGCUCCGCCCCUUCUUCCUCCCGUGUGGCCAGUUCAUCUUGCUGGUCUCCGUGUGAGCUGUGUGACACCCCAGCUACCAUGGGGCACAGCUCACACAGCCCCCAUCCAGCCCCAAGACCAGGGUCAAGGCACCCCCCUACCCGGUGGCACCCGGGACAGACCGCCCCCUCUGGCCCCCCCUUAGUGCUCCACUGCUAAUGCCACCCUACACCUUGUGCCAAAGCCUAGUUGGAUGACUGUAACCAAUGCCACCAAGGCCUUUGUAAAAAACACUAAUGGGACAUCUGUGUCUAUCACCGAGGACAUUAUGCCAACAUCUUGUGAAAUGACUGUAACAACUGCUGUGUCAGAACCUAUUGAGAUGACUGCAACCCAAGUCUGUAAAAUAAUAUCUAAUGCCAAAAUCUAGUGGGACAUAUAUGUCCAAUACUACCCAGGACAUAGUGUCGAAAGAGGUGGCUGUGCCUAAUACCACAAAAGAGAUUUUACCAAAACAUGGUGAGAUAACCACAGGUGUCCCCAGGUUGAAAAAAGAUGCAGUGGGGAAUAUAUAUAUGAGAGAACCUCAGAAUGUACAUUGCAUAAACUACUAUAUAAGACCUUCUCCAUGAACAGACAACAUAAACAACCACCACCACCGAAGACUUGCCUACUCACUGUAAAAUGGCUACAGUAAAUAUUACUCAAGAUAUUGCGUCUGAGCAUGUAGAAGUGGCUGAAUUUGACUCCACACAGGAUGUCGAUAAUGAAAUAUUAGAACAAUUGGUUAGUCAUUCACAAAAAAAAUGGUAUAUUUCUCAGGAGUUGUCUGCUUUCUCCAGUGAGUCCUUGUCUUUUGUCACAUCUACACCUGUAAUAAGAUUCAGCCAUUACAGUUUUAUCAAAAAUUCUGUGACCCCAACUUUUUACUAACUUGGAUGCAUAAACGAAGGAACUGGAGAUGACCAUCAAAGCUUAAAUUAUUGCAUACUAGCAAUUAGGUAAAAAGAGGAAGGGCAUGGGGCUCUAUGCUGCGUCACAUUUCCAGAAGUAACCUUCCAAUAGCAGUGAAAAAGUCAAAACUAAUGGAACCUAAAUGUGUUCCUAAAUCUAGUCAUUGCUCUUUUCCACAAGCCACUCAAGUGGCACAAAAAUUAACAAAAAGAGCAAUUGUCUAACCACCAUGUUAUACCAGGAUGGAGUAACUGUUUUGGCUGAGGCAUGCUUUGCGCUUCACUUAGCAGGAUUAGUCUUUAGACCAUUGUAGGCAGGGCCCAGAAAAAUAUAGGAAAGUCAGCAAGAAAACUUAUUUAUCACAAGCCAAGAAAUGGUUUGAAUAUUCCCAAGACUGCAGCUGGAAAAGUAUAUAAAGUUCUAAUCUCGGCCCUCUUCUAUUUACAUUGUUUAUAAAUGAUCUGCCUAAUGUCUGCAAAUCCUCAAAUGUACACAUGUACGCAGAUGACACAGUAAUCUGUGCAAGCAAAUCUGAUCUACCGCAGCUUGAGUCUUUGCUCCAAAACCAGUUCACAGAGGUAGAAAAGUGGAUCACAAAAAACAAACUCUUCCUAAACACUGACAAAACUGUCACAAUGAUCUUUGGAACAAUACCUAAAUUACACAAAUUACAAAAUUCCCAUCUAUGCAUUAAAACAUAAUCAAAUCGCACACUGACCGUAGUCCACUCUUUCAAAUACUUGGGUAUGAUGUUAGACCCCAAUCUAUCUUUUGGCCUCCACAUAGAAAAACUUGCAUCUAAACUUUAUCCAAAACUAGGUGCCCUCUUCAGAAACAAAUCCUGCCUAAGCCCUACAGUAAAAAAAAAAGAUUGUACAGCAAAUGCUGAUGCCAAUCAUUGAUUAUGGGGAUGUAGUAUAUGCACCUUCACCGCAAACCCAUCUUAAUAAACUUAAAACAUUGUAUAACUCGUUCUGCCAAUUUGUGCUACAAUGUAAUUACAUGACCCCCCAUUGUGACAUGCUAAAAGAACUAAACUGGCUGUAGCUGAAAUCUAGACGCACCCUUCAUCUUUCCAGCCUUGUGUUUAAGAGCUUUUCUGGGAAGCUCCCACCUUACCUGAGCAGAAUGCUCUACCCAGCUGUUCCCACCUCCUAUAACCUCUGAUCCAGUACCAGCACUUUUUUAUUCUACCUCAAUACAAAAAGAAAGCGGCCUGAUCCUCCUUUUCCUACAGAGCACAGCAAUUAUGGAACGACCUCCCGCACACUUUCAAAUCUUCCCCAGGCCUAAAAUCCUUUAAGAGAUCCCUCUCUACAUAUCUCAAAACACAAUGCACCUGUCAUAGUUGAUUAUAUACUUCUUACCUGUUCUAUGUAAAACUUUGUAUAUAUUGUGUAUUAAUAUGUUUUUUUUGUAUUUUAUUGUACCCUAUUAUAUCAAUGCAAUGUUUUGUGGACCCAGGACAUACUUGAAAAUGAGAGAAAUCCCAAUGUAUCCUUCCUGGUAAAAUAUUUUAUAAAUAAAUAAAUUAAUGAAUAUAACAAAUAGUUCUUAUCCUAGUCUACUUUACCCUCUAUGUCUAUGCUCAUAGUUUUGCCAUACAGAUCUUAAUGUUUUUUGUGUUUUUUUUUAAUGCUUUAUUUUUUGCUGUGCAAGUAAUAACAAACAAGCCUGUGAUGCUAUGACAGUAAAUACAAAUCAAGUUUUAAUAGGCUAUGUAAGAUAAUUGCACAAUUUUUAGUAAUAGACUAGCAAAGUACCUUAUAUAGUUAGUUAGCAAACAGUGCAACUAACACACAGAGAUUAUAAAGGUUAGAAAUAACGACAAGCAUACAUUAACAUGAUAAUUAACAGAAAAACUUCCCAGGGAGGCCUUCGGUUGGCUGCAUGUUGUAAAGAGUAGACCAGAGGUAAUACAAAAGGAUGGAAAAAGGGUGCUUGAGUAAGGAGCAGUGUCACAGAAAUUCCAUCAUAUACUCAAUGCUUUGAGGGUAAGAUGAAGGGCCAAGAGCACUUCCUGGUGUAGCCUGGUCAACCAGAUCAGCCUAUGCUGGCCAGGGGUAUAGAAGAGUCCUGCUGCUUUAAGAAAAAAAGCCUCUUCUCCACCCUUCACCAGAAAUUAUCAAACAUUUUGUCCAGUCUAGACAAGAUAUCCUGCGUUGCCGGAGAUUAAUGCGGCAUCCGUCAUCUUAGGGGAGUUAACAGAUUUUCAGCCUUACCCCUGAAAUGAGUGAUCCCUGUCCUUACAAUAAUGUAAGGUUGCAACCGUAAAAAGGGGGAAGGGGUGAGGGGGAGAUAUAUUACGUUUGGGAUAGUGACUGUUUGCUUAGCUGUCAACUUGUGGGUGUCUACCUUGUGGAGGGACAGCGUGUCAAUCUAUGCGGUCUUGUAUCGGGAAAGACACUCAGGUGUGGUCUAACAAGUCUAAAAUGUAUGUCAAGUUAUUUAACUUCAAGAAACAAAGAAAAGUAAGGCAAAGAAAACAUAACACUAACAACAUUUUAGUAUGUAUACACAUGUGAUAAUGUGGUUAGAGUCAAGAUAACGAUAGUGGAGGCCUCGCACGGCCUUUUAAACUUGGGAGAGGACAACACUGCAGCCAUCUGACAGCAUGUUGUGUACCAGUCAGGUGAUCGCCAUUGUGGAUCAGUGACCCCGUGAGAACGUGGUGUAAAUUCAGGUACAUGGAGGGAAAAAAGUAUUUGAUCCCCUGCUGAUUUUUAACAUUUGUCUACUGACAAACAAAUGAUCAGUCUAUAAUUUUUUGAAGGACUGAAAUCCUGCAACGCCCGCAAGGUCCCCCUGCUCAAGAAAGCACAUGUACAGGCCCAUCUGAAGUUUGCCAAAGAACAUCUGAGUGAUUCAGAGGAGAACUGGGUAACAGUGUUAACUCGGAGGAACUCGGAGGAACUCGGAGGAGGAGGAAUGCUGUCUAUGACCCAAUAACAUCAUCCCCACCGUCAAACAUGGAGGUGGAAACAUUAUGCUUUGGGAGUGUAUUUCUGCUAAGGGGAUAGAACAACUGCACCGCAUCAAAGGGACUAUGGACGGGGCCAUGUACCAUCAAAUCUUGGGUGAGGACCUCCUUCCCUCAGCCAGGGCAUUAAAAAUGGGUCGUGGAUGGCUAUUACAGCAUGGCAAUGACCCAAACCACACAUCCAAGGCAACAAAGGAGUGGCUCAAGAAGAAGCACAUUAAGGUCCUGAAGUGGCCUAGCCUGUCUCCAGACCUUAAUCCCAUAGAAAAUCUGUGGAGGGAGCUGUAGGAGCAAAGAGGAGUGUGACAAAAUCCCUCCUGAGAUAUGUGCAAACCUAGUUGCCAACUACAAGAAAUAUCUGACCUCUGCGAUUGCCAACAAUGGUUUUGCCACCAAGUACUAAUUUGAAGGGGUCAAAUACUUAUUUCACUCAUUGACAUGCAAAUCAAUUUAUAACUUCUUUAACAUGCGUUUGUCUGGAUUAUUUUUUUGUUAUUCUCUCUCUCACUGUUAAAAUACACUUACCAUUAAAAUUAUAGACUGAUCAUUUCUUUGUCAGUUGGCAAAUGUUCAAAAUCAGCAGGGGAUCAAAUACUUUUGAAUAUCUGUGUCAGGUUGGGUGUAUAUGUCAGUGUGUUUAUACGUGGGUAUCUGUGUGUUAAUGUGUAUGUUUAUCUGUGUAAAUAUGUAUGUACGUAGCAGUGUAUGUGCAUACAUCCAAGCAAAGAAACACCAACAAAACAUGCAAACACAAUCUAACACAGACAUUACAUGCAAACACAGUCCUGCAUUCAAACUCCAAAAGUAUAUACAAACACACCUCUUUACUCCGUUGGCGGGUCCAGGGGGGGGCUGGCUAAUGCAGGGCUGGCAUUGUCCAAGUGCCAGCCUUGCAAUGUGCCUGCGGACCGGGGAGGGAGAUCACAGAUCAGAAAUCUCCCUCCCCGGUCCGCAGGCACUGUGCUGACAGCCGGCGGGGGGAGGGAGGACCCAGGAGCUCUUACCUGCAGCUCGUCCGGGUCCUCUGCUCGCGAACACAAAUCUCGCGAGAGUGAACGCUAGCCCUGGAGCGUGGGCUAGAGUUCACUCUCACCACCACUAGGACCACCAGGGAUUCCCCAUGGACCACCAGGGAUCCAGAAAUGUCCCCCCUCCUCCCCCAGUAACGGUAAGAAGGGAGGGGGGACAUAAAUGUAUUUAUGUAAUUAAAUUUAAAAAAAACAUUAUUAAAAAGCCCCCUACCCUCCUUUCCCCCCACACACACACUGCCCCAACACACACACACUGCCCCCCAUACAUACACUGCAUCACACACACACACACACUGCACACCCAGACACACACUGCCCCCACACACACUGCCCCCAUACAUACACUGCCACCCAUACACACACUGCCCCAUACACACACUGCCACCCAUACACACACUGCCACCCAUACACACUGCCACCCAUAGACACAUUGCCCCACACACACAUGCACUCCCAUACACACAUUGCUCCACACACACACACGUCCCCCCAUACACACUGCCCCACACAUACAUACAGUGCCCCACACACACACAUACAGUGCUCCCCAUACACACAUGCAGUGCUCCCCAUACACACAUACACUGCCCCCAUACACACAUUGCCCCCCCACACAGUGCCCCUUAUACACACACUUCCCCAAACACACAUACAGUGCCCCCCAAAACACACACUGCCCCACACACAUAUACAGUGCCCCCCAUACACACUGCCCCAAACACACAUACACUGCAACUCUCACACACUGCAACCCUGACACACACUGCCGCCCCCUCACGCACUCACACACACUUCACCGCACACACACACACACAUUGCACCUUUCACACACACUUCACCCCUCACACAUACCACUGCUCCUAUGCCCUAUAUUCCAGCAGACCCCAGGUAAGUUGUCAAACUGUUCUUAAACGGUUUGACUACUUACUCUGGGAUGGGAUCCUGGCACUACUGGCACCAUAACUACUACAAUGAGCUGUAGUGAUUAUUGUGCCUGGAUUAUUUAUUUAAAUAAUCUAGAAGUGCCCCUCCCGAGAUCAGGCUCUGGAUCCGCCACUGCUUCACUCAAACAUCAAUACUACACACAAACGUACAUUUGCAUUUAAAAGCCAACAUUGCAUCCAAACAUAUCCUUGCAAUCAAACGCAAACAUUAUACUAACACACCCCUGUAUUAAAACAUUAAAAUAAUAUACAGGCACGCCUUCCAUCAAACACUACACACAAAAGCACAAAUGUACAAAAGGAGGGGUGCAAAUUAGAAGCAAACAGCACACAUUGAGUUAUACCCAAUUUUCAUACAAUACAUCUCUUGAUUAAUCUGUAAAAACAUAAAAGCUAACAUAGCAUAAUACUGUUAUAAAAUACUUAGAUUAUUAACAGAGGUAAUGGGUCACUCACAAUAUCCAGAGCCACAUGCUUGGACUACUUACCUUUUACUCAGUUUGUUUGUUUUUAUAUUUAUCUUUGAAGUAAAUACAUUUUAAUACUAUCAUCACUGGAAGACUCUUCAUUAAUUCAAUAAGGCCAGGAGUGGGGCUGAUUGCCUAAACAAAAACCUUCGUAGCCAUAGCCUGCUAAAUGUGGCUCUGGAUAUUGUGAGUGACCCAUUACCUCCGUUAUUAAUCUGCAUAUUUUGAAACAUUAUUAUGCUGUUAGCUUUUACUAGAGGGGGCCCAAAAAAACUUUAUUGCACCGAGGCCCUCUCUACAUGUGGUCUGCCACUGGAUAUAGUCUUUACUUACUUGCAUCGGAUGAUUUACAUUUUUUUUAUGGCUUGAUGCCCUGACAAUUUGAUACCUCUGAUAAAACAAGUUUGAAGCUUUACUCACAUUUUGCCAAAUUAAUUUGGCAGUCAUGUCUUCAUUGUUGUAUUCUCUUCGCUAUGUUACUAUUUGUUGUUUCAGUGCCUCUAGGCUGGAUCCAUAUCUUUGAUUCCAAUUCUCUUCUUUAAAAAUGUGGUUUGUUUAAUUUGCAUAACAGAUGGUUUGUAUCCUACAUAUAUCACACAAUAAACAAAGACUGACAAAACCAGAGAGCAUUAAUGUCAUUUUAGAAUAUAGGGGGUUUCCUGAAUGUAAAUAGUAUGCUUAUUAGUUUCAUUGUUAAAUUGUACUGUAUUAUCUUGAGGAAGUCUCAUUUAUUUACUCAGUUAAAGUUAAUGUAAAGUUAAACAAUUAUUGCUAAAAGCAGAUAAUUAAUAAAGUGUUUUAUUUAAUUAACACUUGGCUAUGUGGGAAAUGUGGAAAAUCAUAGGGAGGUCCUGUACAUCAAUAAGUGUGCUCUCCCUGUCAAUCAACUCCUCCUCAGAACUUGAAACUGCGAGCACAAUAUAUAGAUGGAAUUUUAUGCACUUUUCAACAAACUAAAGUUGUUUUGGGCACCCCAGUUGUCCUUUAAGCUUGGGAAAGGGAGUCUCUUAUAUACACACAACAUCCAUUUUUUCAGUAGACUGCUUGCAUCUUACACUACUGAAAAAAUGAGGCCCACAUCAGAAUUAUACAAAUUCUUAUUCAUUAGUGAGGAACAAUGUCUAAGUGUGCCGGAGUGUCUCCUGAGUUGGAAAGAAAUAUGUAAAAGUAACCCUCAAGAAUUAGAGGAAAACAGAUUUAAAAAAUCGAAAUCGCAUUGUACAACAUGGAUCAUAUUUCACAAUAUAUACAAGUUAUCAGGUGCUGUGUAGUUUUCUAGUUGAGCAAGCUUGGGUCCAGUAAUAGGCAGGUAUUUAAAUGGGGAAUUUUUAAAGUAAAUUGUGAUUGGAUUACCUGCCCAGUCAUUUCAUGUCCAUCAGCUAGCUAGUAGAAUGGACAACCAUGUUUUUAUUUAAAUUUUAAUGUUACUAGUAUUCUGUGAAGUGCCUUGCAGAAGAUUUCAUCUCCCUUGGAUUUAAAAUGGGAUGAAUACUUACGCAAGGCAUUGUAUUUUACCCUGUAGGCCUUCGUAGUAGAAUAAUUACUAUGAUUGGUGUUAGUCUUAUUAAUAAAGGCCCUUCCAGCUUUCUGAGUUUUCAAAGAGAAAUUCACGAAAAAGUUGUAUUUUUAUUGUGUGCUGAAUGAGGGCCGGUGCAAAGACUUCUGUCUACACAGGCGAAGACACAUUUUGCUCCCCCAAAAAUUUGUCUUCUCCUGUCUGUCUAAUAUUUCCCCUUUUGCCCCUCUUAACCAUUCUUUUGCCCCUUUUGUGCAUCUUGACACCUUUUUCUUUCUUGUUUUCCCUUUUUGUAUAUUGUAUCCCCUGUUUGGUAUUCUUUUCAUGUUUUUGUCUUCGUCCUAAUUUUCUGGUCUCUUUACCCCCUUGUGUCACACACUCACUCACUGCUUAUACAUAAACACACACACACACACACACACUGGUUCUUACUGCUUAUACAUACACUGGCUCUUACACACAUACAGGCUAUUACACACACUGGCUCUUACACCAACACACACACACUCACUGGCUCUAAUCCACACACACUGCUUACACAGACACACGCAUGCACACACACUCACUGGCUCUAAAACACACACAUAUACUAACUCUUACACACACUGCUUAUAUACACACACACACACAGUCUCUUACAAACACACACAGCUUAUACACACUCACUGGCUCUAACACACACACACACUAACUCUUACACACACUGGCUCUAACACACACACACACACACACACACACUAACUCUUACACACACACAUUGGCACUAACACACACACUAACAGCUCUCCGCUCUCCACAGCAGUUGGUCACCAGGAUAUGAUGUCACGUAUCCCAGUGGCCUUUAGCUCAUGAAGAGAUUGGCCAUGGUUGCUCCUCGCUGCUCCACUCCCCUCCCUCAGUGGCUGCAGGUUCCCCCCCCCUCCCCAUUACACAGCCAGGUAAAUUACAAUCAUGGGCAUUGCUGCAGAAAGUGACCCGCAGGAGCAGAGUUCUCUGUGCUCCUGCCGGUCACUCGGACAUCUUUGCGCCCUAGGUGCCGCUUGUGCCACCUUAUGGUAGCGCCGGCCCUGUGCUGAAUGAUUGCAUGGCUUACUAACCAAGUUCAUUAGACUUUCAGUAUGUUCACCACAGUCAGCUAAGCAAGUAAGUUCUGUAUUUUGAAUGUUCUGUUAAGGAAACUGAUUUAUCUUUCAGGCUUACCAAGGCUUGCUAAAAAAAAUUAAAGGAGCUUCCUCUGAUUGUAAAAGACUGAUACGGGCGCAGUUUGGUACUGUACGUGCAUUCUGGACUUAAUCGUUAAUAUGACGAACUUUACGAGCCAGUGAGCGGAUUUUUCCCUUGAAUAGUUACUUCAUUUCAAACACAUAUGUUUCACUUUGUUUUCUCAAAAUGGAAAGUUCCACAAAAACAAAUGAAAUCUUUAGCAUCAUAAUGUGAUUUAAUAAAGUCAAACAUUGUGAUUAUCUUAUGCGUUUUUACCUGUUUUAACAUGUUUUCUGGGAUUAAAGCUACCAGACUUCCAAUGUACAAGUUCAGUAAAAAGAUACUUUGUGAUUAAUUAAACUCUGAAUUUCAUAUUGCAGGGUAAAAAAAGCUAAGCUGUGACUUUCAGCAUGUUUUUGCCAUAAAUUUAGUUUUCUUUUUGUUUUAAAUUUGCUGCAGUCCAUAAGACUCUGUGUUUAUGAUUUUACUUGGCCUAUACUAAGCGGUUUUAUGUGCCUGUCUCCUUGCCAUGUGACUUUUGUGCCAUGACAGGGGCAUAGUCGUACCCUUGGGCAUUAAGAAUAAAACCCAUGCAUACCCAAUAAUACACGAACACCAAUAUUCUAUCCACAGCUUUUAAUAUAAUAUAUCAAUUUUAAUACGAAAAGUCACUGUCAAACAAACCCUAUGACACAGUACAUAACUAACCCCCACCCCCUACAUUACAAUGACAAUGACCCCAAAAUUAACAACAUAACACCAUAACAAUAUAACAUAAAUAACAUCAUGAAACAAAAUUAAGUGCAAACAACUUGCCCGAAUGAUAGAACCAAAAAGAUCUCUAUUCCUAUAGAGGAAGUGUGUUUUACUAAAAAGUGCUUGCAGUGCAAAAAGAAUCUUAAUAUUUAAAUAGCAGCUCUACACUCUUGGUGGGAUACCCUUUCCCUACAAAACAGUUAACAUACACUUUCUAUUAUACCUUCAGUGGAGUUCUAAAAGUGCAAAAAAGUCUCCACUGGAGGGAAUACUCAUUCAAGAGAGUUAUGGGAUGCUGCCCUACGAACAUAACAGCCCUAUAUACGGAGCCAAUAACAAUAUAGGCUCUAUUACGUGUGAGUGACCUAUUUUAAGGAAUUAAUACAUUUUUGUUGGACAUUACCAUCUGCACUAUAUCUUGUUUUGUUUUUUCUAUUUGUAGGUACGGACAUUGUCUGUCAUUUAUAAGUAUAUAAUCACGGGCUAAGUAAUCCUCUCUUUUUCUACUUUACACAUUUCUUUGCACUUUUAGAGCUCCACUGAAGGUAUAGAAAUAACCUAUACCAUUAGAAAGUGUAUUAUUAUUAUUAUUAUUAUUAUUAUUAUUGCGAUUUAUAUAGCGCCAACAGAUUCCGUAGCGCUUUACAAUAUUAUUAGAGGGGGGAUUUGACUAUAAAUAGGACAAUUAAAAGAAAACUUACAGAAACGAAGGGUUGAAGAGGGCCCUGCUCAAACGAGCUUACAGUCUUAACUUGAUCCAAUGUAGGGGUAUACCUACAUUGUCUUUGCAUAUCUUUUAUUAUUCAUUUCUUUAAUGGUAUAUCUUGCUUUACUUAUGAAAUAUAAAAAUGAAACACAAAACAGAGCACAAAUACAUAUUUUUUUUCGAUAUAUUGUCAGUUAGUAGAUAUCCAUUAUUCUGUAAAUGGUAAAUAACAUGGAUGUAUUCCUUCCACCCAUUUAUCUAUUCUCUACAAUUAUGUGCCCCAACCUCUUGUAUUAACUUCACUUCACUUUAUUAACUUCACAGAGUACUGUAGCAAGGGGAGGCAUGAAAAUCAUAAGUGUGUUGUUCUCCUCAGAAGUCCCCUCUAAAACAUCAAAGUUGUUCUAUUUGAUACUGAUUUCUUAAUUUUGGCCUCAAAAAAUAGGGGUCGUCUUAUACAUGGGGACAACUUAUACAUGGAAAAAUACGGUACAUUGAUUCAUAAAUUCAUCUCAAUAGCAAAAAAGAGAAUCAAAAAUGUGCAAAUUACUGUGUAUACAUAUACAAACCAUUUAGUUGAUAAACCUCUUUGUAUUUGUGAAACAAUAUAAAAUGUGGAAAUUAGAUUAGUGAUAGUGAUCACUCUAAUAAAUUGACUUACAGGCAAAUGCUUAGUGAUAGAUCACAGUAGGAAAUGCUCAUGGCAAAAAAAUAAAACAAAAGAAAAACAACAGAGUAAAACUAUUUAAAAAUACAAAAGGAAGGAGGGGGGGGGGGGGCUAGGAUGGCACUCACAGACUAGGAGCAGCACUAUGUACUGCUCAAAACAAUGCAGUUCCUCAAUGAAUUAGAUCCAGAUGGACAGUUGUAGAGGAAAUAGUCUUUAUUUAAAGGGACACUAUAGUCACCCAGACCACUUUAGGUCAAUGAAGUGGUCUGGGUGCCAGGUCCCCCAGGUUUUAACCCUUCAGAUGUAAACAUAUCAGUUUCAGGGUUAAUCAAGCCUCUUGUGGCUGUCUUCCUGACAGCCGCUAGAGGUGCUUCUGCGACGCUGGAUGCGAAAAUCGCAUCCAGCAUGCAGACAUCCAUAGGAAUUCCUAAUAAAAUUGCCUUUGCUUUGGAAUUCGCUGGAGUGCCUGGAUUAUUUUCUAUAUUCAAAGUCCACAGGAAUUCAUUGAGAAAUGCUUUCCUAUUGACUGUUUGAAUUCCGCUCCACUCGGGAGCUGACGUCGGCGGGGGAGGAGAGGUCACCAACGUCGAGGGAGCCCGGCGCUGGAUUAAAGUAAGUAACUGAAGGGGUUUUAACCCCUUCAGCGCCAAGGGAGGGGGACCCUGAGAGUGGGGGGUGGGAGGAGUCCAAAGGAGUAUAUAAUGUCAAGAAAACGAGUUGGUUUUCCUGACACUAUAAUGAUCCUUUAAAACCGUUAAAACCAGGACAGCUAUGCAAUUCGCCUCCGAAUUCAGCAUACAGUUCGACGAAUGUCUCUGAAUUCAGCAUACAGCUUGUCUCCAGAUUCAGCAUACAGUUCGACGAAUGUCUCUGAAUUGUCAGAGAACCAGGACAGAUACACAUUUUUUUUAAUUCAGCCAAUAAACCAGCUAGCAGCAAAGAGAACUAGCUGAGGUCAGUAUGAGUCAGUCUCAGAGAACAUGCUAACAUUUCUUCAGAGGGACAGAGCAAAGAUGUCCUUCCUAUUGACCCCCGGGAGGAAUAUUGGCAUGUUCUCGGAGACUCGGACUUAUACUCAUCUCAGCUAAGCUCUGUAUGCUGCUAGCUGGUUCACUGGUCUAAUCAAAGGUGAACUGUAUAACUGUCCUGGUUUUAACUGUUUUAAAUAAAGUACAUACCAUAUAUACUCAAGUAUAAGUCUAGAUUUUCAGCACAUUAUUUGUGCUGAAAAACCCCCACUCGACUUAUACUCGAGUGAGUACAUUGCCAUAAUACAGACCAGGACUGCCGGGCUCAUUACAAGCCCGGCGGUCCUGUUGGGGGCUGGCAGAUAGCUGUUACUUACCUUCCUGCAGCUCCUGUCAGCUCCCUUCUCCUCCACUGUAAGUCUCGUGGUGUGACUGCCGCGCGGAGCGUUGCCACGGUAAACCGUGGCAACGCUCUGACCCCGCGGCUCUCGCGAGACUUACAGUGGAGCUGACCGGACCAGAGGAGAAGGGAGCUGACAGGAGCUGCAGGAAAGGUAAGUAACAGCUCUCUGCCAGCCCCCCUCCUACACAGCUAAUCCACUGGACCACCAGGGAAUGACAGCCCCCCUCCCUGGCCAGCUAACAAGCAGGGAGGAGGGACGAAAAUAAAAAUUAAAUUAAAAAAAAUUACAAUAAAAAAAUUUAAAUAUUAAAAAAAAAUUAAAAAUAAUAAUAAUGCCCUCCACCACCCAGUUCACACACAAAUACACACUCAUACAAACACAUCCUCUGCAUUGUAUACACACACACACACACACACACACACACUGCAUUAUAUACACACUCAUACAAACACACACUCUGCAUUAUACACACACACUCUGCAUUAUAUAUAUAUACACACACACACACACACACACUCUGCAUUCACACAAACACACACACUCUGCAUUGUAUAAUGCAGAGUGUGUGUUUGUAUGAGUGUGUCCGUUUAUAAUGCAGAGUGUGUUUGUAUGAGUGUGUCCGUAUAUAACGCAGAGUGUGUGUUUGUAUGAGUGUGUGUGUAUAAUGCAGAGUGUGUGUUUGUAUGAGUGUGUGUGUGAGUAUGUAAUGCAGAUUGUUUGUAUGAGUGUGUGUGUAUAAUGCAGAGUGUGUGUAUGAGUGUGUGUGUAAUGCAGAGUGUGUGUAUGAGUGUGUGUGUGUGUGUAAUGCAGAGUGUGUGUAUGAGUGUGUGUGUGUGUGUGUAUAAUGCAGAGUGUGUGUAUAAUGCAGAGUGUGUGUAUGAGUGUGUGUGUAUAAUGCAGAGUGUGUGUAUGAGUGUGUGUGUGUGUAUAAUGCAGAGUAUGUGUUUGUAUACGUGUGUGUAUAUAAUGCAGUGUGUGUUUGUAUGAGUGUGUGUGUAUAUAAUUAUAAAAAUCACAGAAUUUCAUAGCCCCAAGUUUUACCCUCGACUUAUCCACGAGGCAUAGCAUAUUUCACAAUUGUUGGUCACAAAACUGCACUCGACUUAUACAUGAGAUCGACUUAUACACGAGUAUAUACGGUAACUGCUCCCUAUUUGUGAAUGCCAUUCUAACCCCUCACCCCACCCCCUUUCACAUUUUUAAACAGGUUUACACUAUGUUGUUUUUCUUAUGUAUUUUAUUCCCGUAAGCAUUUCCUACUGUGGUCUUCCAUUAAGCAUUUAUUGGAUUGAUCAAUAUCACUAAUCAAAUUUCUGCACUUUAUAUUGUUUCAGCCUAGCUUGUUACACGUAGGGGUUUAUCAACUAAAAGUUUUUUUUGUAUGUAUACACAGUCUUUUUUCCAUUGAGAUAAAUGUAUUAAAUAAUUUAUAUAUUAGUUUUAAUCACUAUAUAAAAACUAUACAAAACUAGUAAAGAUAGGUGUAAUCAAUAACAAAACAUAAAAGGUGGGCAGCUACAUAAACCAGUCAGCGUCUAAAAUUAGUGUAGGCUCAUAAGUCAAAGCAGUAUGUGCACUCCUAAGUAUAAUAAAAUAAAUCUAUAAAGAUAGAGAUAAAUUUAUUGAUAUAAAAACACAUACAUAUAGAUUUAUUUAAUCAUAAAUAAAUAAAAAAAAAUAUAUAUAUAACCGCAAUGAUCUGAUGCUACUAGUAAGUGGUGAGCUAUUCGAAAUGACACAAGCACAGCCGUACAGAUAUGAAUGCACAAAAUAGGCAAAAAAAAGCCACCAUUGAUACAGUGAAUAACAAUGUAUCUAGUGGCUCCAAUGCCUACAAUGCAGAUGUAAUGAUAAAAAAUAAUAAACAGAUAAAUAAAACUAUAACUGUGUAAACUGAAAAAUUAUAUAUAUAUAUAUAUAUAUAUAUAUAUAUACACACAAAAAGUACCUUGCCUCGGUGUGGGCUCCCACUGAGGUAUGUAUAAAAAAUAUAGAGUAAGGUCCCGGAGAGGAUGUAUUCAGAUGGAUGAAUGGUGGACGUAUCGAAUAAAAAAACAUCAGUCCCAGACAAGAUCAGUAGGUGGGUAGCUCAAUGUUGCACCGCGUUCGGGAUCUUCAAAAAAGACCGCGGUGUAAUGGAGGCAGACCCCCAACAGGAACAGGUGAUGACUCUUUCCACCCAAACUCCUGUAGACAGGAGCCGUGAAAACCGGGUGUACCAACUGCUGCAACAGGAAUAUAAACUUCAGCUGAUUAUAUGCUCACAGGAGAACAGGAGUGGCCGCUCUCAUAAACUCACAAAACACUCCAAGCAACAGCAGAUCAGAGGGUCAGCUGUAACGAUGUGUCUACGCAUUUCAUCCCUCCCACGGGACUUUCUCAAGACAAAAUAACUAUCAGAGAUCCGGGUUUAAAUAUCCCAUGAAAAAAAUGGAGUAGAGGGCAUAUAAAAACCCCGGACUGGGUUCGUAGUAGAACACAUAGUAAAACAUGGACAUAAUAUAAUAAGUAUCACAAACGUAAAUGUGUCAAAUUAGAAAAAAUAUAUAAUAAAAUACACACUUUCAAAAAUCAGUAAAUUAUUGUUAGGCAACAAAUGAUGGCUGGACCUGAUAGAGAGGACAAAGAGAUUUGUCAGAAGAAAAAAAAAGGGGGGGGGAUAAUCAUAGAAAAGUGAUAAGUGAUAGAAAGGAUUCUGGCUCAUAAAUAUUAAAAGGGGCAGGCACCAUUUCUUAGAAUGGAAAGUAUGUGCCCUCGUUAGGUUCCAAAUUAAUACUUAAAAUAAACCAGUUUAAACUCCUUAUGGCUCAUUAAAUUGAAAACAGACUUACACCGUAACCCGAACUCUUCAAUAAAAAAAAAAUAUGUCUCCAUGUAUCAGGCGCACCAGAAUAUGCAAUUCUGUAAAAAAUGAAAAUAAGGGAGACCAGCUCCAUUAAAAAAUUAAUAUAUAUAUGCAUAUAUACUGGCGCAACUUCAACAAAUAUAUAUUUUAUUAUGCUAUUACUUUAAUUCGGAGUAAGCUCCUCACUAAUAGGGGAUGAUUGAUUCGGGUUAUGAUGUAUAAUGCAAAGGCACCAAAGGUUAUCCAGUAUUAACAAAGCAUUCACCAAAAGAUCUCUAUAACAACAGAAUAAUGAGCAGAUAGUAAAUGAUUGGCAUACAGGAUCACAUAUUAAGUAAUUGACCACUGAUAGUAUUAUAAAUAUCUCUGUGCAAAAAGGGAAUUUAACCAAGACAGGAUGAUCAGCAGACAGUGGAUGAUAUACAUAAAACAUCAAAUACUGGAUCCUGGAUUACUGACAACCGGGGUUCUAUAAACAUAGUAUAAUAAAUAUAAAUGCAGAAGCUAAGCUGUAACAGAGGAAGCUAUAACAUGACUGUUAAAAUGGUUCUAGCUCCUCGUUUAGGCCAUUAGGUGCCAUAGAAUUAAGCUUAAAAAUCCACAUAGACUAAGCCUUAAUCAAUUCCCUUUUUCUUUUUGCACCAUCCUGAUAUGGAGGAAUAUGAGCUAUCCCCAUUACUUUAAUGCCAGAAGGAUUCUUCUCAUGAAAGAUUUGGAAAUGUCGGGCCACCGAGGACCUCAUAUCAUUAUGAAUUAUUGCUAAUCUAUGGCCUGGUCGUUUGACCCACAUAUUGCCCCCGCACGGGCAGGUUAGGAGAUACAACAACAAAUGGGGUGCUACAGGUGAUUUCAGAUCGAAUAGAAAAAGUUUCUAGACUAUUGUAGGGACUAAACAGAGAUUUGAUGGCAAAUAUGGUUACAUGUGAGGCAUUUAGUGCUACCACAGCGCCUGUUUACUGAACCUUCCUUGAUAACUUUUAUUUGUUUCCCAUUGGCUUGAUGUAACUUAGAGGGGGCUAAGAUAUUCUUCAAGUUGGGUGCCUUUCUAAAGGUGACCCUAGGAACCUCUGAAAUACAAAGGACAACCAAGGGUUCUUGGUCAGAAUAGGCCAAUACUUAUAAAGGAUCUCAAUAAUAUCAUCAUCAUGUCGUGGAAAAUAUGGGUGUUUUACCCAUUCCUAUCUCUUUAGUGCUGAUGUUAAAUUUAGCUUUUUUUUCACAGUGGGGGCAUGGGCUUCACCCAAUAAUUCAAGGAUCAUAUAGUGCUCAAUAGUAUGAGACUACUGUUCUACACGUGGAAUAAGGGUAAGUUUGUUUGAUGUAGAGGAAUCUGUGGUGUGAAACUUGAACAAAGGUUGGACAUUCUGAUCUAGCCCUUUCAAAUAUGCAAUAAGCACCUUAUUUAGGGGGUAGGACUUCUACAAAAAGCGUUGGCAUUAAAUUAGGGACUCUUUCUCAUAAUCAGACACAAAUGAACAAUUUUGUCUAAUUCUAGUGAAUUGUCCUGAAGGGAUAUUCUGUAUCCAUGUGGGAUGGUGACCACUUUUGGCAUGUAGAUAGCCAUUCACAUCAACGCUUUUUUGAUAGGUCUUGGUGAUAAUUCUUCCUUCGGAGCCAAUAAGGGUUAGGUCCACAAAAUCCAUGGUGGACCUGUGCUUCUUGUGUGUAAAAGAAAGACCCCAACAGUUGUUGUUAAUAUAUGAUAUAAAGUCUUCUAUUUCAUUCCAGUCACCCCUCCAAAUGAUAAGUAUGUUAUCAAUGAAUCUGCGAUAGAGGGCGAGUCGCUCCAUCCAAUAUGGGUUCGCAAAAUCCAUAACUUGCUCCCAGUAACCCAUAAAUAAGUUGGCAUAGGAUGGAGCAAAACUAGCCCCCAUGGUAGUUCCCUUGGUUUGUAGAAAAAACGCCCCAUUGAAUUCAAAAUAAUUAUGUUUUAACAUAAAUUCUGUAAACCUGAUGAUAAAUUCUGACUGUUUUUCUGGAAGGAGGGGGUCUGAACCCAGAUAUAGUGACAGGGCUUUUAGGCCCAGAGUGUGAUCAAUAUUAGAAUAAAGGGCUGCCACAUCAAUCGUAAGCCAACAAUAGUGUUCUGACCAUUCAAUCUCCUUGACGAUCACUAUAUUAAAUGUUUAUAGUGUAUUUAAAGGCAUAGCACACCUUUUUACAUGUAUUGAACUAGAGGGUGUUUUAUCAGUCUUUGCGCUAUAUAAAGUUGCUGCUACAUCUAUUAAAUUGUCUUAUUUUAACAUUUUUCACAUAAAUAAGCGCCAUACAUUCACUUUUGUAUUCCAAAACUUAAAUUUGAGAUUUACUUUGAAUUCUCAACAAUUCACACCUUCAGUAAAUAUCCCUGCUAGAAUGUAAUGUCAAAAUUACAAUUGACUCUAUGAAUGGAGCAAAGGUUUAUUAUUCACUGUAGCGUAACAAAUAUAUUUCUUUUUCUUGCUAUGUAAAAACUAUAUACAUGUCUGUUCACUAAAAUACAACAGAUUGUACAUUAUGAAAUGCUUUACACCAGUGCUUUUUUUUUUUUUUUUAACAAGUCUUUGAGGGCCACCAGAGGUCCAGAACUCAGGCACAGUUGGGGGAACGUUUAAAAUACUUUUACUUUGCGACUGCUCAAUGCCAGCAGAAAUGUAUUUCAAAAGUCACUUCAAUAAAGCAUUUUUAUAUACUUGCUCAUUAUCUGCAUGUGUCUGGAAAUGGCUGGUAAAUCCAAGAGGCAGUGGUCCAUUUUAAUGUUUGAUCUCCAUAAGAUAUGUAGAUGUUCCUUUUAUAAAUCUGUUUAUUUUGAAAUUUUAAAAACUGAUGUACUGAGUUCGUCUGGUCCAUACACUGAAUAUAUUAGAGCACAGACUUGCAGAAAAUGUACAACAACAAAACUUUCUUCAUUGAAAAAACUCUGCUUUUGUAUUGUACCGAAUUUUGGAAAACCUAUUGAACUGCACAGCAAAACCGACUCGGCAAUGCAUUAAUUCAAAAACAUCCUCGUGAAACUUCCCUCUUUGGCAAUGUGCAUUGAGAGGAGGAGGUGCCCUCUUUAUUCUGCGUACACACCCCCAAACACACCUCCUUCCUGACCAAAUCCUGUUCCUGCAAACGCACCCAUUCCAUGAUGCAAUACAAUCGUGUGUCAUUUGUUCUAGCCCUAAGUCGAAAGGACAUGAUGCAAUUUCUCUAAUGCUUUCAUCAAAUUCGUUUGUUUUGCUACUCCCUCCAUUCACUUUUUGCCCAAGCACAGCUUAUACUUCACAAUGAGAGCACAGUUAGAAAUGAUCACCCUUAAUAAUAGUUUUAAACUGUAUGGUAAUUAAUUAGCUGAUACUAGUUUUAAACUAUUUCCUACCAAACUAUUAUGUGACCUAUGGAAAAUAAAGUUGAAACGACUAUGAACUCUCCAAUAUAAUCGUGUAUUACGUUUCACCACUCUGAAGCCAACACUAACACAAUGGGAUCUACUGUGUUCAGACUUCUCAGUGUUCUUAUUAAUCCUUUGCUUUAUCCUGGAGAUAGAUAUCAGGCAAUCAGAUGGCUUGUUGCAUCAGCUCAUCUCAAGAUAUUUUAAGUGGCCAAGAGGGGCGUGUGACCUGAGGUGUAGCUAAGGGAAAAAGUAACAGGGUUAUUCAUUAAAGUGAGAUUUCAAAGAUAAUUUCACAUUUAAGGUCAAAAUACCUGAACAAGAAAAUUUCUCUAAGUCAGCUAUACUUCCAGUUCGGCUACUUUACCAUUGGAUUUGGAAUUCGCUCUGAAUUCUCACUUCACUGAAUAACCCUGUAUGUCAAAGACCGAAGAUUUUAUUUGCGGAAAAUAACCUGUAAAUACUUUGGCCAUAUUAAUGGCAGGCAGUUGAUUGUCGUUAUUAUUGAUUUACUUUACAUACAACUUUGAGAUUGUACAUCAUUACCGAGAUUUUGGUCCGAAUAAAACAUUCGCUUUCUAACGUGGGAGGCUUUCAUGAAACCAAUCGGAUUUUGUGGAAUGCUUCUGUUCAUCUAUUUGAUAACAUGGGCUGCCUCUGGGUCUGGUGAUAAAUCUGUUUACCUUGGCUUCCUUUGCUUAUCUAUCUGGCUACCUCUGCUUAUCUAUCUGGCUACCUGGGUAUGCUGCCUCUGGUCACCUAUCUGGCUAGCUGGAUGGGGUGCCUCUGGUGACCUAUCUGGCUAGCUGGGUGGGGUGCCUGUGGUCACCUAUCUGGCUAGCUGGGUGGGGUGCCUCUGGUCACCUAUCUGGCUAGCUGAGUGGGGUGCCUCUGGUCACCUAUCUGGCUAGCUGGGUGGGGUGCCUCUGGUCACCUAUCUGGCUACCUGGGUGGGGUGCCUCUGGUCACCUAUCUGGCUAGCUGGGUGGGGUGCCUCUGGUCACCUAUCUGGCUAUCUAGGCUGGGUCUGGUGACAAAUAUUGGUACAUUAGUUGCCUCUGGGUAUUUGAGCGGUAAGUUGCUAUGGUAAAGUUUCCCCAUUUCCUGCCAGCAUUAUUUACAAUUACAUUUAUCUAAAAGAACACAAUCGGGCAAGUACCGGUUUCACAAAGUUCCAACCAAUCACAGCCUUCCUUCCCGAAUUCUCCCCGCCCCUCUGACGUCACUCACUCCAAUCCCCCCUAAACUGGAAGUUCGCAGCAGUGAGCGCUCAUUGAACGGCUGGAUCUAAGCGGGAACGGGCGGGAGACACACAGACGGGAAUCCACCUGAGAGACACAGCGAUCCCUCCAAACACCGCAGGUAAACAAUGACGCGUUAAAGGCGAACUUGUUGCUCACUUCUAAACCCCGCAUGGCUCAGUAACCAUCUAUACCGGCUCUCACGUGGUAUGGCUGGAUACAUCCUUUGGGUUUCUCUGGUACAUUGUAAUUCUUCACACCAUAUCACUUUAUGGAUUUUCGUUUUGUUUUUGCUUUUCACCCUCCCCCGUUUGAUUGGAAGUAAAAUGGUGGGAAAUGUUAUUCUAGCAUGAUCUAGUAACAAUAAAAAGCGCGGUUAUCGAUAAGCAGCAUCCCGUAUAAUUUAAAUCACAAUGCGCUAUGUGUCCGAAACUGCUCCUUAAUUAGACACAUCUCGUGUGAUAUGUCCUAAGAGAGCAAUAAGUGCAGCACACAUUGAUGUGAGAUAGAUAUCGUGUACAGGGGAUCAAAGGCUAGAUCGGCUUAUUGUGUAGGAGGUGGGAAUUCAUGAGGUCUAGUAGUGCGUUUUAACAUUUUGUUUGAACAAUUCUUACAUAAUCUCCUUGUCCAAAGCGGUUUACAUAGUCUAGCAGUCAAUAAGCUGGGAGUAGAUUAUAGAACAUUAGGUAGUUCCAAAUCACAGAAUGUAAAUCCUCAAACAUUCUACACUCUGAUUACAGCAUGUCUUAACCGGUGUAUGGGAGCCUUGGCUUCUUUACAUAUGGUAGAGUUUGCGACUUUGCCUUCUUGAGAAAAGCCACGCUGGCUUCGGCAGCCUAUUACAUUUUUUUCCACUUUCUGGUCGAACAGGAAUUUAAUGAAGAUUCAUGAAUCAAUUCUUCCUGUUCUAUUUACAGACCAACGCCUGUUCUGUGACUUAUCUUAUCCCGCAACUGCACAGGAUAUGUAUUUUGUAAUUACUGCUGUAGAUUGUGAUUGAGCACAGGCAAUUUCAUUAUAUGCUUUUCCUCUUGUGCAUGUUUUUGGGUAUCACAAUUCAUUUUCCUACUGUGGUAAUUGCAGUUUGAAAAAUUGUGAUGGAGCUGUUUCCUGUAUAUUUUACAUCUGGAAAAUAUAAUGACUAGAAAAAUAGAUGGACAGUGAUGCUUGUUUCUGGUUUUACAUUGGGUUAACUUUGUGGAUACUCAGGGCGGAAAUACAUACACGCACAUUAUUAUUUAUUUAUUUUUUAGUAGCUUCUUGCGUAAUUCUUUUGGUACAUUUCCUAAGAACAACAUAUUUCUUGUUUUUGAAUCCUGGCAGCUAGUGUACAGAACUUCAAAAGUACGACAGUGUCUAAGCCUCUGUGUUCUUAAAUGGAACCAACAGAUGCGAACGUACUCUUAGUGUAUGCCAAGUGAAAACAUUGACUCUUGGGCAUAUGUAUACUGCGCAGAGAUUAUUUUUGAGAAAGUAUCGUCAAAGUAUCAACAGAGGGUUGCGUGCUUAUGGUCUGUUGUACCAAAGGAACACCUAAACCAGUGUUUUCUAAAUUGUGCUGUUCAAAAAAGUAUUUGUGAGUUUGAAUUCCUCUUACUCAUGUCUUCUGAACAACAAAGAGUGAUCUGAAGGGUGAAAAUGUAGGUGCUGGCUCAAAGGUUGUUGAGUUGAGAUUUUAAGAUAAGAAAAUGCAUCUGUUGCACCUACUUUUGAAAGAUAUCUAUAUCUAUCUAUCUAUAUCUAUCCUCUGAAUUUUGGAAACCCACCAUUGAGUUGAAUAAGCUCAGUAAGAGCCACCCAUAAUCUUUGCAAUGAGACCAAAUGGGUCAGAUAGCAUAGAUAUUCCUGAAAUUUUUUCCAAAGUAAACCUGUUUGUACCAAGCAAAUUAGUAAAUGUACUGGGGGAAAAAAACAUUAUACAGUGAUUACUUAGACCAAUUGGGCUUUAUGAAAUACACACACCACGAGUAGCAGUAUGGGUUGCUUACACUUUUUUAAUUUUAGUUUUUUUUUUUUUUACCCAGAAAAAAAAAAAUUCUGUCUUUAUAUAUUUAGAUUCAGAGGACAUUUUGGUGCCUGGUAAAUGUUAAUUGCUGACCUCUGUAUGCAAUUCAGACAUACAUGGACAUAUUUUAUGUUUUGACAAAUGUAUUGAAUUUACAGAUUUCAUGGUAAUUUCUGAGCUGUCUUUAGUAUACAUACAGUUAUGAGUUAAAUUCUGACAGUCUUCUGAAUUUUUAUAAUAUUGAGGCACAUACAGACAUUGGUGCAUUAACUCUUCCAAAUAGAGAAAUUGAAUUUUGGGGGGACCUUUUUACAAGAGGCUCACUCUUGUUUUUCAAACAUCUCAUUAAAGCCCACAAGCCAUUCCUUACAAUGGUGAGAUUUAUACUACAAGCAUACCUGGUUUGGGAUGCCAUCUUAAUUAGAAUUGGCUGUAGUGGAAUUUAAUAAAUUCAGUGCAUGCUAUGGCUGAGAAGCCUCAAUGAUAGAUUUGGAAAAUACAGUGCAAACAUAAAUAAAAUUCAAAAUUUUAAGUCAAGACAGAUCUCCGUGAUUUGUAGCCGACUGGACCAGAUUUUCAAGAUGUAUUCUAGCUGUCACUAAAAAUUGAAUCUGACUCUGAACUUGUAGAGAAAUUUGUCAAGUCUACGUAACACCCUGUCAAGCUAAACGCGUUGCUAACUUUAAUAGAUCUGCAACAGUACACACCAGCAAAUAUGUGAACCCUGAUUCAAUUAACAGAAGAUGGUUUGUCAUGUAAAGAAUUUCGACAAAACAUUGUUUUUAUUUUGCAUUAAAAUCUAUUUACUUUCAAUAACCUAUAUGAAGGAUAAUGAGAGUGAAUUACAUGUCAUCAAAGUAUGUGCCACUAAAAAUAAUUUCUUUCAUAUUUGUGAGGCAGUAGUAAUUAUAACUUGCAUUCAUCUAAGCUGUGCAUCAGUUAGCACCCUGUGCUGGAACUGCUAGUUACAGUAGCAUUUGUUUUAGUGAUGCAGAGCCUAAAACAGGCAGGACUAUUUCCUGAACUCUGAGACAAGACUGCAUGGGCUAUAGAUUCCACACCUGAUGGAAUUAAUUUACCAAAAAUAUAAAUAUUACAUGAAAAUAGAGCCUCAUGCUACAUAACUAAUCACCAUUUCAAGCUGAAUAACAUUUGGACUCUAAUGUAUCUUAAGUAGAAAACUAUUUUUAGAUUUUUCUUCCAAAAGGAUUUUAUUAAAAGAAAUUAACAUGGAAUAUAUUUAGCUCUAUCCACCCACCCUGGGCUUAAGGCAGAGCAUUUGCCUGAUAGUUAUUGCUGCUUGCCAAGGGAUUUAUAUCAAGGCAUUCUGGGCUAAAAUGUUAACGUCCUAUAAAUAAUGAAAUGGAAUGCUCAAAAUAUUUAUUCACAUACCCCCAGAGAUGUAGCUGUUCAUGCGUGCUAGCCAAGGAGCAGCCUGGUGUCACUUUUUUCAUUGUGUUGAAUGACAGGAUCAAGUCCUUGUAAACACCACCAAUGACCCUCGAAAGGAUUGACAGGCAGAGGAAAGACGUGAAAUAAACAACUGUUGUUUGCACAAUGAAAAUUUAGAAUCUGUUUCUUGCAGGACAGGUUGGUAAUGGCCAUUGCUCUUUCUUACAGCACAUAUCUGUACCACAUGAGUACCCCCGCAAACAUUCCAUGAUAAUUAUCUAACCUGUUAUCACAGCUUUGGGCCUUCAAACCUAAGACUGAAAUUGACCAGAUAAUGAAUGAGUAAAGCAGGUAGCGCUCUCAUAUUGUUGUACAACUUUUUUUUUUUGAUGAAUGGUGUAAUUGCACAGGAGUCCUAGGGUCAAGCCAGAUAUACGCUCUAGGUCGGGGUUACCAAUUAUUUUUUUCCAGUGGAACCCUUUGACAUAGUGUAUCAACAUCGUGGAACACACACACACUUAGAUACACACACAGUGACAAAUACACAAACCUUGACACACAGAUACACACACCUACUCUCACUGACAAACACAAAUACUUUGACAGACACGCACUCUCACUGACAAACACAAAUACUUUUUGACAGACACCUACACACUCUCACUGACACACACAUACCCUUUGACAGACACAUAUACACUCACUGACAAACACUCUCACCCACUCACUGACAAGCUCACAUUCACUUUCACUGACUAAAACACAUACUCUUUGACAGACACACAAACACAUACAAACUCCCUAACAGACACACAUACAAUUUUUGUAUUUUUUUUGUUUUACUCCACCCAGCCCUUCUACCUUUUAGUAGUGCUGGCAUGGGGUCCAGUGGGGCUGCUGAGCGGCUGGCGUGCAGGCGGCGAGGGAACAGUGAUCUCCCUGCUCAGUUCCCUAGCGCGCCUCUUAGUGAUGCUGGAGUGAUGUCAUAUUCCAGCUCCAGCAUCACUGCUCUGCGCGCAAGUGAGCUGAGCAGGGAGAUCACUGCUCCCUCGCUGCCCGCGGCCAUUUUAAUUUGAAAAAUUUUGGCGGAACGCCAAUUGGGAAACACUGCUCUAGGCUAUGGGCCUCUUAUGGGAACAGUCAUUGAGCCCUUGACAAAGCGGUCCUUUGUAUUUUUAGGACAUCUUGACAUUUCCAGUUCUUAGUUUUUACAUUAUUCUUGGCUUGGUUGUCACUAGUAAUAAAGCAUUCAGAUAAAAGUGACAAACUGCAAGAGGACAGUCAUAGUUUGUACACUCUAAAAUAAUUUAAUAGUAGCAUCGGGAAAAUGUAUGUGACGCUGUAGCACCGGGGUAGGUAACCUUUCGCAUGAGGGCUGGAUGCCAUGUUGUGUAUGAAUGGCUCUCUAGUAGAUAUCUGAAAGACUAAAAUUAAGAAAAGCCAUUUUAUUUUCCCUUUGCCCAUUCUACAUCUCAUCCAUGUCACCUAUCAUUUUUCAAUAUAUACAAAUUGUUUCCAUGAUACAACGGAUUGAAUGGUUACUUUUCAGAACAUUUCAAUAUCACACACACUCAUACUGGAAUGCAGACACAGCCAUAUAGACAGCUUUACACGCACAUAUACAGACAAAGCCAUACAAACACAUAGAGCCAUAUAGCACACAUACAUACACACACUCUUCUAAAGUUAGUCAUAGAGUUAGCCAUACACACGUACAGGUACAGUCAUACUCAUACAGACACAGAAGACAGCUUAAUGGAAUGCAAUACUACGUAUAUUAAGGAGGCAGGCCUCUAGGCUAUGCUGGCCCAUUACUUGCCGGAAGGGGCUCAACUGUUGGUGUGAAGAUGUGAAUCAUCUAGCCCUGUAAUACACACAGCUCCCUUGUGGCUGCUCUGCAGUGAUGUAAUGAAUUACUACAGUGUUAGCCGCCCAAAGCUGUGUAGAACUGCGCCGCUUGCAUCUGGCUCGGUGGAGGCAAAACUGGGCUGGACGCCUUUAAGGAAUCAGAUGACAGUCUGUGCCCCUGUAUUACAGUGCUCACAGGCAGUAGAUUGACAACCCUACUCUAGCUGUAUAUACAUAGCCAUCAUUUGCAGACAGUGUCGAUUUUUGUCUUAUCUGUAAUGGUGUUGCCUUGGAUACUCUACUAGACCCUCUACACUUUUAAUUACUCUUUUGAAUUUCUCAUCAGUGAGUAGGUUUAGCUGCAUGGUGCGUUAAUUGAGAUCCAUAUCUGUUUUAGGAAUAAUUGAUACUGGAAUGUAAAAAACUGAAGACUGACAUUUUUGUAAAAGUAAAAAAAAAGAAUCUUGUUAAAAUUCACAAUUAACAACUGCAAAUCAUCAGAUUUUUCUUCUUUUUCCCCCCUGUAAUUUUAACAUGCAUGCUAGGAAUGGGAGUCCUAGGGUCAAGCCAAAUAUAAUAAUAAUCAUGCUUACUUGUUAAAACAUAGCUGCUGUUAUGGAUAGCAUAGUGAGAGGAAAUAUGAACAUUUAUUGUAUUUGCCCACAAAUAUCUGCAUAUUAGAGCUGCAUUUUGGCCUUAAAGGAAACUAGUCACCAGAAUCACUGCAGCUUAAUCUAGUGGUUCUGGUGUCCCUGCAGUGUUUGCAUUGCUAUCUAGUGACACCUCUAGUAGCUGUCAACCUGAGCUCCUUUAAUAGAAUCCUUGCAUUCUUUCCUAACCAAUACAAUAAGUUUUAAUAGUUAUGUUGUUUGGAAGGUCUAUUUCACCCCAAUGUAACAAGAGUAUCUAAUAAACAUCAAACCUUUGAAAUACUCACACUGACUGUGUUGGAAUUUGUAGGGACAGCUUUUUCUCAGUAUUUCUCCUUUGCUUGAACACUGGGCAGAGCUACCGCUGUCAAGCUUGUCAUUUCUCCCAGCCGUCAAGUGAUUAGCUCAAUCUAUGGAUGAUCUUGCGGUAUCUUCUAUAGAUUUCAAUGCUAUACUCUUGCACAGAGUACAGCAGUGACGUCAGCUUCUGGUAGCUGAAGUGCCAGGAGCAUAAAAGGACCGACAAGAAAAGAAUGAUGGCGAGGGACACGUUCAGUUAAACUCAUCUUUGCUUGAAAUUCCAAGUGAGUCUAAAAAUAUACUGAGACAAAGUAGGGACUACAAAGUAUCCCAGUAUUUCUCCAUUGCUUGACAAGACAGAGCAAACAAAAUUGCUCUUUCGCAGGAUGCUCCAUAGAUAUCAAAGCUGUACUCUCGCACUUGUGCCAGCUCAAGUACCAGGAGCUAAAGAGUACUGGAAGGAAGAGCAUGGCGAACCCCCGGCAGAAAUGUAAGUCGAGGUUAUUUGCAAUUUAUGCAAAUAUCCCAAGACAGUAAAACACCAGCCUCAAUAAAAUUAAAUAAUAAAUAUAAACGUUGCGUGCAGUAUAACAUUUAAUGGUCCAUUUUACGUUGGAGAGAUACUCAGUAGGAUUCCUUGUUAUGCAAAGGAAAUGAUCAGUUCUUCCUAAAAAAAAAAAAACCACAAAAAACCCUUAUGAGCAAUAGGCCAGGAUUCAUAAAAAAAAUACUCCAUAUGAAUCUAUAGAUAUUACAUUUGUGACUUUGCUUGAUGCUUAAAAUGUUUUGACAAAAAAUGAAGGGCCUGUACCCACAGAGCCCAUGUCCAAUAACCACUAGCUGUAGUAGUUAUAAUGAUUUGAGAUUCCCUUGAAAUCUAAUUAUUUAUAGCCUGGAAAUAAAUGUUUGUGCUAGAUCUUCUUAAAGCAGUUCAUCCACAGACUGGCAAUUUUUAUGAUUACAAAGGUUUGACAGCAGCUGGCACAAUAUACCCGUGGCACAUAAAUGAUGACACUACUCAAAUAUGUAUCUGAAAGUUAAAAAUGUCAGGAAUCUUAUGGUCUAUCCAUAUAAGUAUUUACAAGACUCUUUCUAGAAGAUGAAGGGCUAGCCUUGCCUUACCAAAUCUCUCAAUCUUUUUCAGGAUUCAUUGUUACUGUGUUUCCUUUGUAAGUUUUAGCAUUACUGACCACCAAAAAAAAAAUACAUUUGCAAAGACUGACCACUGUAAUUUGUAUGCAUCAUAACGUAUCAUGUAAUAAUAAAUGCCAUUAUACUGGCAGGCCAGAUACAGCCUAAUUAUGACUUGCAAUGAGGCUUGUGUCAUAGUGUGCAUGGCCAUGUGUUCAGAUAUCAGUUCUCAUUAAAUCCAGGCCUUAACAAACGAGAUUGCUGUUGCUUCUUAAAUGCAAUUCUGCUGUCAGGACUGGGAAAUAUUCCAGAAAAAGCCAUGGAGUAAACAUCUGUUAAAUGGCACUAUAACCACUGCAGCUUUAUUUUAGUGGAUAAUGGUGCAUUUUAGGUGCCAUCUUCAUGUUCUGUUAAACAGUUUUUGUGUAGUUCCACAAAACUGUGGCCCACCAUUAUCAGUCCAAUGCCAUUCAGCAACUGACAUUAAAUGGACAAUGCAUGCAUCCUAGCCACUACAGCUAAAAUAUGUUCUAUUAAAUACUUUGAGAGUGAUAACUUCCUUUGGCUUUGAACUCGGUUAAAGGCCAGUAACUACUUAAUCUAAUUGUUGUUGCUUUAACUAAAGCAGGUACAUGUGAAUUGUAGUAUUGGCUGUCUGUUAAAUAUUAUGGAUGAGGCUCAGCAAAAAACCCAGGCAUGUCAUUUAUAUUGAACACUGUGAAAUGACAAACUCUUCCUUGUAUUGAUCCACAGUAGCUGUCAACUUGGUUUGAGCAGAGAGAUUUUCCGUAUGAGAAAUACAUUGUGUGAGGAUAAAUAAACCACACACAAGACAGAAAGCUGUGAUCAAGUGUAAUGCCUAAAACAAAAAAUGGCAUUUGUCUUUAGAAGGUGAAGUUUUUUUUAUUUGGAAAGUGAUCAAUUGUGACCAGUUUUACCUCUCUACAGAAACUGCUUGUUCAUGAUAGAGGUUUUCAGUAGAGCAAGAGAAUCAAGUAUCUACAAAAGGUUGCAAAAGCUGUAUUUCUUUUUCCUGAAUCCUUUGUAAGCCCAACCUUUUUUGCCCAGCCCAGACCUUCUGUGGCUGUCCAAUCAGACUUCUCAAUGCAGCUCAAUAAGAAGUCUUUGCAAGACAUAUUUCCAGUGAUGAAAGUAGUUUGGCUUCAGUGUGCCCAACUCAUCAUCUUAAUAAUAAUAAUAAUAAUAAUAAUAAUCAUAAUCAUGCUUACUUGUUAAAACAUAGCUGCUGUUAUGGAUAGCAUAGGUUUUACUCAGGUUUAGUCCCAUUCUUUCAGAUUUCCAGUAAGGGAGAAGUCCCAGGCAUGUGCAGUGCAACAUGUUAAAUGUCUUAAGCUCCUAAAUAAAGAAAAGGUGACAAUAAAAUUCCAUACUGUUUGGUGUUCUCGUGAUGUUCUUUGCAUUCUACAGGUGUCUGAUAAUCUUUACUGGCUUUUCACAACUUUGUUUGGAGGCACUCUGUUGAUACAAGUUGCACUUUAACAAAAUCUAUUUUGUGUCGUUUUUUUUCCCCCCCAGAAAUGAACAAGCUAUUACAAAAUGGAGUGACAACAUUUGGGAAGAAGCUAAUUCGCAAGAGAACUGUAGACAUUGCUAACGAAAAAUCAAACUUUGCUCGAUGCCUGUCAACACUGGAUCUCAUUGCCCUGGGAGUUGGAAGUACCCUUGGAGCUGGUGUUUAUGUCCUGGCUGGUGGGGUUGCCAAAUUGGAAGCAGGUCCUGCUAUAGUCCUUUGCUUCCUUGCUGCUGCACUCGCAUCUGUGCUGGCUGGACUGUGCUAUGCAGAGUUUGGCGCAAGAGUCCCUAAGGCUGGCUCUGCAUAUCUGUACAGCUUUGUCACUGUCGGCGAGAUCUGGGCCUUCACUACUGGCUGGAAUCUCAUACUUUCUUAUGUAUUAGGUAAGAUAGAAUGUACUUUGACUAGCAAUCCUUUUGGUUUUUCCAUGACCUGUCAGUCAUGUGUGGCUUUUUUUUAUUUUUAAAAUUCUUUAUUUUUGUUGUGCAGUCAUGACAUUUCUUAAUUACAGGAGAGAUGACUAAAGUUUCAGCAUAAACAUGUCAAGAAAUCGGCACAAUUUUUGUAAUAAUGAAAAAGAUAUUAGGAACAAGGAAAUAUAACCGGAUAAUUCCCCCUAGGAUGCUCCUUAUUAAGGAAACGAGACAGCUAAGGGAAAAGUGUUAGGCAAGGCUAGACUUCAAGAGCUAAGAAAAGAGGACAGGUAACAGCAGGGAUAGGUGUCCCAAAAAGUAGCAGAAUAAAACUUAUUUGGUCCCCCCACAACUACCUCACUAUGACUUGGAGUGUGUUACGGCUCUGUCACAAAAUUCCCAUUCACCCUAUGGUCUCUUCUAGCAGAGCACUGUUCACCAUUAUGGAGUGCUUCUGGUCUUUCAGCCCAAGGAAAAGUCUGCUGUUCAAAGCAUAUGUCAGGAACAAGUCUCUUUAUAGCAUCUCCAGUCUUUCAGAGGACCUAGUUUUGUGCUGCAUCAAUACUCUCCUCCGUGCCACUUUUUGUAUAGGUGAACUCCGCCAAUUGCGUCUCUGCCAUAAUUGGGCUUCUCUAUAGGCAACGCUGAUGAUUCCUGGAGGAAAUCUGGCGCCAGUGGUCUGUGUGGGUGGGUGGUUGGUUGAUUGCGGUGGAACAUGUUGGUGUUUCUUGCUUUCCAAUGGUUGACAGAAAUUGGCAAAUAGUCAGUCCAGUCUGGAUUCUAUGUCCCUUUGUACAUUGCUGGUGUUUUGGAGAAACAAGGUCACUGGCACAUUGGGUAGGUCGCAGUUGGGUCUGACAGUUUGGAUAGCUAAAUCACGCAAGUCUGGUGGUUCUGGGCUUCCUCCCGGGGUGGACCAGGAUCACCUCCACUGGUCUGGAGGAGGGGGGGGGAGUGGGGUUUCUCUCUGAAGAGUAGCUGCUUCCAAGAGCCACCAGUCUGCAUCUCCCGCGCAGUGAGCCUAUGACAAAUUUUUCACUGCUGCUGAACAUGUCAGGUAAAAACAGGUUCACUAACUUUAUUCCUGUUCUAGCUGAAUGGGCUUGUGAAAAGCUUUGCAAGGCACGAUAGUGAAGGAGCCCACUUGAGAUGCGACUUUUCUCCAUUCUGCCCCUGUAAGUCAUGUUAAAAGUGCUGUGGCUUUUAUAUUUUACUGAUACUCAAAAAAAGCUAUAGUUAAUAUUGCUGGGACUGAGGUAAACCAGUUCAGAAAAAGAAUGAAAUGUAGAGAUUGUAGUAAUCUCUCUGAUUUUCCAUAGAAACCGAUGAGAGAAAUACUGCACAAGCCUGGGAGGCUUGUGCACCUCCCAGGCUUGUGCAGUAUUUCUCUCAUCGGUUUCUAUGGAAAAUCAGAGAGAUUACUACAAUCUCUACAUUUCAUUCUUUUUCUGAACUUGGUUGAAAAUUAAACGCAUAUAUUUUAUUUAUUUUUUGAAAGUAUAUUACAUGUAUUAUGUAGCUUUUGUGUAUUCUGUUUUGAAAUGCUAAAUACAAAUUAAUAUUUUUCAGUGCAUCUUGGACUUAUCCUUGCUCUGUGGGAGUAACCAUUUUUAAUCCCUCUGGUUAGGAAUAGCCCGUAUUGUAAGAUUGUGUUAACAAGCCGACUUUAUUUGUAUGCAUCAAAAUAUAAUCAUUAUAAAGGCUGUUACAAAUAAUUUUUUUUAUUUUCAAGAAUAAAAGUUUUUUUUCCAUUAAUUUCAGUAAUUCGUGUGUAUAUGUAUAUAUAUGCAUAGAGGAACACUGACUUGACAGGUUUUAAUUUCCAGCAAUAAUUUUUGUGCUGAUUAAUAUUUUAUUCUGUACUGUUGAAUUUUUAUGUAAUUUUUUUUUUCCUUCUUCUUUCAGGAACUGCAAGUGUUGCAAGGGCUUGGAGCUCUACAUUUGAUAAUAUAAUUGGCAAUCACAUCUCAAAUUUCUUCAAAGACAAAAUAUCUAUGAAAGUAGAGAAUAUUUUGGCAGACUAUCCAGAUUUCUUUGCACUAAUUCUAGUUCUUCUAUUGACAGGUGUGUACUUGUAAGAGCAUUUUCUGUUAUUUGUAUAGAUUUUGCAAUACUGGUAUUAUGAAUGUCUACCAGGUGGAUAUUAGACUACGUCUAAUUUGCUUUGCUACCAUAACUCUCUCUAUUACGCACUGUGAAUAGGCAGAAAAAAAAAUCCUUCUUUGGCAAAAAUGAGACCAGCAAAACCUCAUUAGUCUAAUGAGGGUUUUCUUGUUCCCUAUGCAUGUAAAAUUUCCUUAAUUACAAGAACUCUGUAAAUAUGGGGCAUUCUGCACAGAUGAUUUUUAAGGGCCACUUUGAGUUUGUUAAUUCUGAGUGGUAUUUUUGCAUUUCUUACAUAGUGAGCACUUUUUUAAAUUAAAAAAAAUAGGGGCACUAAUGAAUUGCUGUAAAACCUAAUCAUAUAGUUUGCAAACUAGAGUUGUAUCUUGUGGAUUUUCAGACCAUGGACUCAUAAAACAUAACUUUUUGUAGCAGGGUGAAUGCAGGGAAAACUGAAGUUAAUGGCGAAUUGAGACAAUGCAAAGGCAUUCAUUUAACUGUUUGUGACUUAUUUUUUUUCCCCCUCCUCUGUAGGUCUCCUGGCCAUUGGUGUAAGCGAAUCUGCUCUGGUAAAUAAGAUCUUCACUUCAAUCAAUCUGCUGGUCUUGGCUUUUGUUAUUCUAGCGGGAUUUGUGAAGGGAGAUACAAAGAACUGGAACCUCACAAAGGAAGAUUAUAUAAAUCAUACUACAUCAGAUGACAAAGAGAAGUAAGGCAUGCCUUUGCUGACAUUGCAUGAGAACUUAAAAAUGUUUGCUUGCUAAGGACAAUCUGUGCUAGCUAAUCUUAUAACAAGGACAGGACUACUGAAAACGGCGUUAGUUUUAUAUUCUGUAGGCGCUAAAAUCUUUAUUAUGUAUAUCUCGUACAUAGAAGGGAUCGACUAAUCUAAUUUUUUCCAGAGCUGAUGCUGAUAUAGAUUAUCUGCCACAUUUUGGGAUUAUUGCCGAUAUACUGUACAUCUAAAGUUUUGAAAAAGCAACACAAUUUCUCCACAAAAUCUGUGGUUACCUGAACAUGCUAUUAGACCCCUAUUACUCUUAAGUAGCCAGUAGAUGUUUGCACCAGUGAGAUCCCAGCUUGUACAGACUGUUAGUAAUAUGAGUGAAAUUGCUUAUAGCAGCCACACUCAUAUCACACUUCGGCAGCCAGUAUUCAGCUGAGCUACACAUGUGGGGACUCACAGGGAGGGGUGACAUGUUGCGAAGUGGCGCCUAACUAGCUGGUGGAUGAAGUUUCUAGGUACAGAAAAAGGUGUACAAUGACUGGGAUAGGAGAGAUCGGUAAAGGUACUGGCUCUAAUAAUCGUGGGAAACAAACGGUUGAUCCCUAAUACAUACACAAAGUAAUCACAAUGACAGAUGUAAAUGCAAAGGAGUCGUAUUGAACUGAUUGCUAGUUAUGUGAUUGGUCUAACAGUACUUUGACAUAUGAGCAUGCAAAAUAAGAGGUAAAAUAGGUGCUUUCAUUACAAGACUGACAAUUGCAUCAAAGAGAAAUAUCUAUUGCUAUCUAGGACUGGUUGAUACUUUAUUCUAUGAAUGUAGAUAUACCACAAAUUUACGGCAUUUAAUACAACAGUCUAAUACAGAAGUAAACCAGUACCUCUGUGUGUCUGAACAUUUAAAAUAUGUAUGUUUAUAGAGAGCGACAUGAGUCCUUAGCCUGCUAUAUCUGCUGCAGUGUCGGUGUGUAUGCUGUUUUAAAGGGAUACUGUAGUGCCAGGAAUACAAAGCUGUAUUCCUGACACUACUGCCUCACCCCUCCCUGGUAAAUAAAGGGUUUAUACUCUUUCUUUUCUUACCUUUUCCCAGUGGCAAAAUUGACGCUCCACACACUCCUCCGUCCUGCGACGAUCAGGGCUUUAAUGCGCGUGUGCACGCAUUAAACUUCUCCAUAGGAAAGCAUUGAUUCAAUGCUUUCCUAUGGGGAAAAAUCUGACGCUGGAGUUUCUCAUGCAGAGCGUGAGGGCGUCCAACAUCAGAUACAGGACCUAAAGGUCCAUUUCAAUUCAGGAAGCCCUCUAGUAGACAGCCACGAAGGGCAGACUUAGAGCUGCAAUGUAAACAGUGCACUUUCUAUGGAACUGCAGUGUUUUACAUUGCAGCAUUAAGUGCAAAAGGGAUGCUGCACCCAGACCACAUUAAUGAGCUGAAGUGGUCUGGGUGCCUACAGUGUCCCUUUUUACAUUGAAUAUUGUCAUAUUAGAUCUAUAAUAUACAACUGUUGCACGUUUACAUUUAUUGAUGCAAAGUGGUAACAUUGUGCUUGGUGCUGUACAUGGUUUUUCUGAUGGAAAUGGGGAAAAAACCCAAAUAUUGGCAGACGUGUUGACUAGGCAUAUCUAGGACUAGUAUAGCUACAUUCUCCUCACCCUUAUAAUUACUUAUUUUCACUGUCUUUCAGAGUGGGUGUUUUUGGAUCGGGAGGAUUCGCACCUUUCGGGUUCAGUGGAAUUGUAACUGGGGCUGCUGCCUGCUUUUAUGCAUUUGUGGGUUUUGAUUGUAUAGCUACAACAGGUAAGGUUUUGUGUGUUCCUCAUAGCUUUUUUUUCUGUACAGAGUACAUUUCUGAAACCUCAAAUUCUCUCUUUAGUCUUCAUAAAUUACUGAAAUUUUCCAUGUCUCACAAUCAAUUGCUUUUUGUUGCCUGACUCAGAACUAAGCAUCAGUAUUGCACGUACAUUUUUAUUUAAUUUUUUAAAUUUUUUUUUUUUUUUUAAUCUGUUCUUAAAGGGACACUAAAGGUACCCAGACGACAUCAUCUCAUUGAAGUGGUCUGGGUGCACGGUAUCUGUCCCCAUAAUCCUGCAAUGUAAAAACAUUGCACUUAUUCAAUUUAGACAGUCUAACUCUGUGAAAUGAUGCUGGAUGUCCUCACACUUUGCAUAAGGACAUCCAGUGUAUUCAAAAUGCACAUCAAAAUCUGGGGUGUGGGCAUUAUAGUGUUAGACAUACACUUUUGUAUUCUUAAAACUAGUGUUCCUUUAAAGGACAAACUGCUUCAUCUCAUUGAAGUCUUUGCUAAAUGAGAGUCACCAGAAGUCCAUCCUCUGUGCUGCUUGGGCAAACGAGCAAUGGAUGGCCGUGAUUGGCUGAGAGUCUCCAAUGACUGCUUUCAGCACAUCACUAGUGCCCAUUUUUGUUGUUUUUAUGCAUUGCUAUGACUAGAAGGAAGUGUGUAAUCUCUGCCUCAGCACUAUAGUCCAGUAGGGGCUGGACUAUAGUUUAACAUUGAAUGAAGGGACAAUACCAUGUGGUUCUAGGCACUAGAACCAAUUCAAUGAGAUGAAAUGGUUAUUGUGCCUAUGGUGUCCAUUUAAAUGAUACUACUCCAAACCAUAAUCCAUUCACUGGAUGGAUGGAGUAUGCAAGUAUAAAGAUAAUUUAUUUCAAUGUAGUUCAAAUUGGGUUUUGCCAAGUGAUACAUACUCAGCUGUUCUGUGAUUUAUGACAUGUAGUAGAUGCUCAUGCUUAAUAAAAAACUGAUGUGCCACCACGAAACCCAGAGAUGUAUAGAUCUUCAUUGAGGCAUAAUUUGUUAUUUUAUUGAGAAAUCUUUGAACAUGUGGGAUGAUGUGCAUUAGGUUGUCCUAAAAGCUAAAUUAACAGUGCUAUUCUUAAAUGAAAAAUAGCCAAAUUGGAAAAUUUCUACUGACCUUUAAAAGGACUAGUCACCAAAACAACUUUGGGUUAAAGAAGCAGUUUUGGUGUGUAUUUCAAGCCUCUGACGUUUCUCUGCCAUUUAGGAGUUAUAUCACUUUUGUUACUGUUUAUGUAGCCCUAGCCACACCUUCCCUGACACAGCCUGCAUGAAAACAAAAUGUAUCUCCUGCUCUGUAAAUCGAACUUUCAUUACAUACAGGAGGCUCUUGCAGGGUCUACCAAGCUAUUAACAGAGCAGACGAUACGUUUUAAAUUAAACCGAAUUUGCAAUGAAGUGUAAACAUUAGAUGACUUUACAGGAAGUGUUUAGGAAGGCUGUGCAAGUCGCAUGCAUGGAGGUGUGACUAGAGCUGUAUAGACAAGGUGAUUCAACUCCUAAAUGGGAGAGAACUGAACAGUGAGACUACAGGAGCACGAUCUAUACACGAAAACUGCUUCAUUAAGCUAAAAUUCACUUAGAAUUCUCAUGUUCGUAAAUGGAUUUUUUAAAUUUUUUUUUUUUUUUUGGAAAGGCCAAUUACUAAACCUUUUUGUAUACAUGCAUUUUACAUCCUUGGUUCCCAAAGAGAUGUGUAUGGUGCAUUUUGCUGUUGCCCGUAUAUAAAAAUGAGUUAUUUGUUAUGUUGCAGGGGAAGAAGCCAAGAACCCGCAGCGUUCCAUCCCCAUAAGUAUCAUUAUAUCCCUCCUGGUGUGCUUUGUGGCUUACUUUGGAGUGUCUGCAUCGCUCACUCUCAUGAUGCCGUAUUAUUUGCUGACUGAGGAUAGCCCACUGCCUGAUGCAUUUCAGUAUGUGGGCUGGGAGCCAGCCCGUUAUGUUGUAGCCAUUGGUUCUCUCUGUGCCCUCUCAACAAGGUAUGUAUUAUUUCCAAAAAGCAUUCUGUAUAUGUAUUUUAUAUACUAUGAAAAUCUUCAAUAAACAUGUAUUUCUUGAAACCAGGAAAACGUUUUGAUUGCAGUGGCACUAAUGAUAGUGGAAACAGAAUCAGAAAGUCUUAUUUAUUGUAAUAAUGUGCUCCUGUUUUCCAGUGUCCAUGGACACCAGUGUUUAAAUGGACAUUCUAAGCUCCAAAACAACAAUCUCUUAGUGAAGAAGUUAAGCUUAAAAAAACAAGAUGGACACGUGUCUUUUAUGCCAAGUAAAAUAUGCAGAUAGGGCACUAUAGCAUUCGAGAUAAAAAAAUUAUAUUCCCAACGCGAUAGUGUUGCUCUAUCGGAACUAUAAUCACACACAGGAGGCUGUUGCAGGCUCUUGCUGGCAAUUAACAGAGCAUGAGAUAAGAAAUUCUAAAUUGAACACACUGUGCAAUGAGUGAAGCUUUAAAAAAGAGGUCACCUGGAACUGCUAAGGACGGAGGCAAUUGUCCAAUUCCUAAAACAAAACCUAGAAUUUGUGAUUGUUCCACUGUUCUACACUUGAAGUGUACCCAUACAUAUUUUAAAAGGAUGCAAGGACUUUCUUUUAAUAUCCCAUAUGAAUACCUAACACUUUGUCACAUUUUUUUCUUUUAAAAUUAAGUUUACACAGAUCUAUUUUAGACUGCUUACCCUUGGCAUAAGAAGUUGAUAUCCAUUCUAAAAUAUCAUACACAGCUGAUUCAUUUUACAUAUUUCUUUUUACGUCCCUACUAACUUUUCUGGCACAGCAUUUAAGUUUGAUAUCAAUAAACCUUUUUAGAAUAAUUAUACAGUGUGCUAUGAGACUUUAUGAAGUUCCCUUGUUUGUGUGGUAACACUAUUGUCUUUUCUGCAGUUUGCUAGGAUCCAUGUUUCCAAUGCCUCGUGUAAUUUAUUCUAUGGCAGAAGACGGUCUCCUCUUCAAGCCCCUGGCCCGUAUGAAUAAGAAGACAAAGACUCCAAUGAUUGCAACUAUUGUCUCUGGAAUUAUAUCAGGUAAGGAACACUGAAAGAUUCUUGAAAUAUAAUGGUUGCAUGACUGGCAAAUCACCGCCUAUUUAUUUUAGAAUUCCCAUUUUAGGGAAACCGAUCAGGAUUAGAAAAAAAGGCCCCGGUGCAUUUCUUAAGCUGAAAUCCAGUUCACGUAUCUUGCAGAGCUGACUUUAAAAAGCAACCAAACAUUAUUUUGUUUGUUUAUUUUUUUUUUUUUAAAGAUUUCACAUUCCUAUAAUUAUUUUUACAGGAACUAACUAAGAAGCAGUACAUUAACCUAAUUCGUAAAACGGUCACUCCUGUAUUUGUACAUCUAUAAACAGCUUCUCUAGUUGUCAAAUAUGUAAUUUUAUGCUGACAUCACAACACCACAUGCUCAGCUGUUCAUAACUUAGAUUGCAGUGCUGACAUGGUCACAAGUGAAUGCUGCACACGUGUUUGUGUUUUUAUUACAGGCAGUGGGUCAGUGUGUUAUCCUUUCCGGUUACCAAAAUAGUUUCGUUUAGCCUUUAAGCUUGUUCAGAUGUGAGAGAGCCACAGGGUAGGGUGAACAUUGACAUCAAGAAUAACUAGAAACUGGGGGUUGUAACACAUUCCAAACUGAGGGCAUAUACCUAUAACAUCACCAGCACAACCACCAAGGUAUAAUAAAGAGUACCCUUAUGUGGCGAUUUGUAUUUUUUUAUUUUGUAUUAAACUUUCUUACAUAAGUUAGCUGUUUACUAUUUUAACAUAAUUUUUUAUUUAUUUUUUUCCCUGCUAGCAAUCAUGGCCUUUUUAUUUGAGCUGACUGUUCUGGUGGAGUUGAUGUCUAUGGGUACUUUACUGGCAUACACUUUGGUGGCAGCAUGCGUGGUUAUUCUCAGGUGAGUAUCCUACUGACCUGAAGUUGUGUUAGCACGUUUGUGUGCCAACAGGUUAACUGAUUGCAAUCUGGAAAGACAAGAAUGGGGCCUGUGUUUUUAAAUAGAAAAUGGCCAUAAUGGUUAAGAACUUGCCAUCAAAAUGUUUCUUGACAGUUUCAUUUCGUCAACUACUAGGUAUCAACCUGAUCAGCUGGGCUCUCAUUGCACAGACACAGAGAUGGUGAAGCUAAAUGGAUCUGAAGUUGAGAAAUCGGAAAUAGACGUCCAAGAGCAUUCAGUAACUGACAAGGAAAAUGCAUUCCAAAUCCGGAAUUUACUAUUUCCAAGCUUUAACUACCCUACCAGGGUGUCAGGUCGCAUUGUCUACGGCGGUGUGUCUGUUAUAUGUAAGUAUGACCCUAUUCUGUUGUCGGUGUCCUUUUUUUUUUUUUUUAGCAAUUUGUAUAAUCAAAGCCCUCUGCAUUAGGAAUGUCUGUGCCUUUGUGCUAAAACUGUUCCAUUUGUUUUGCAUCUCUUUUGCAGCAAUUGUAUUCAUCUCUUUGUGUGUGGUUUUGGCCUACAAGCUGAAUGACAUACUCAGCGGCAGCUCUGUCUGGAUCACAGUCUGUGCCUUGCUGUCUUUACUUAGCAUCUUCAUAACCGUGGUGAUAUGGAGACAGCCAGAAAGCAAUGCUCAAUUACAUUUUAAAGUAAGUUCUACUGUGACAAAAACAUAUCAUUACAAAUGUGAACAUUUCAGUCUUUCUUUUUUUAAUACUUUUAAUAGAACCUUUCUUCACAUUUUUGUUAAGUUUAUUUGACCUCCAAAAAAAAAUAAAUUGCCAUCUUAAGUGAGUGGGACAAACUAUUUUCAUACAGGAUUGUUAAAGGAUUACUAAAGCAUUGCCGGUCUUAAAUACCUCUAGUGAUCGUCAUUCUGGCAUAUAUUCUGACAGCCAAUAGAGGCGCUUCCACUGCAACUACUGAGUUUGAUUGCAUUAUACUGGCUGUCAAGGAGUUGGACAGCAAAACAUUUUCAUAGCUGUCAUUGAUUUUUAAUUUUAUCAGAUAAUUGCUGACAUAUCCCUUACAAACAAGGCAUGUGUCUCAGCCAGGUAAAACAUGUCAGCAGUUGAGCAUCACUUACGAAUUCUUGCUUUUUUCCAACAGGUACCUGCUCUGCCGUUUCUACCUCUCUUCAGUGUCUUUGUCAAUUUGUACUUCAUGAUGCAAUUGGCAGCUGGAACAUGGGCACGCUUUGGAGUGUGGAUGCUAAUAGGUAACAUUUUGUAAACUUUAGUUUCUUACAUGCAGUAACUAAAUAUAAAUGGGGGUAGGAGAACCUCAGUGCCAUCAUGGAAUUUUGUUUUACUUAAUAGAUCUUUUUAUUAUUUCAUAAUAAAAUGGCCUAUGUAAUAAAUGCUUACAAGGCUGUAUAGAGCUUCCAAUGCUAAGUAAGACAUUCCAUGUCUGAUGGCAAAAUGUAGCAUUUGGUCCUUAAGGGUUUAAUGGGUCACGGCUUAGUGUUUCACAUUAGGAAGAAGAAAGACUAACACUGCUGGAGUCCUUCAGGAUUUUAGUGAAAGUCAUAAUUCUCAUAAGGUACAGAGUUCAGCAAAAUGUAAAGAAGGAAGAAGUGAUAACUCCACUUCAAAAAUAGUGUUUGUUUUUUUUCUUUACUUCUUUUUUGGUACUUUUUUAGACUUGGUAGGUAUUAGGUGCCUGCACAUUCACUUAGUGGUAGAAUGGUGCUAAAGAAACAAAUAUCUUCUCAGUAAAUGCCCCAUAAUAGAUCAUUACCCUAUUAUUCAGCCUAAACAAGAUCUCCUAGGUACAUACUGUACGUAGUUGCAACUACCAAAAAAAGUGUGUUGUAUAUAAUUUUAAAAAUAAACACUUCAAGCGUGAUAUCCUCUACAGUCCACUGUAAUGGUUAUGGGAUUAGAAGUCCUUUGGUAGUGUUUCAAGGUUUUAGUAUGUUUUGACUCUUUACUGUUUCUGGAUAAAGGGACACUAUAGUCACCUAAAUUACUUUAGUUAAAUAAAGCAGUUUUAGUGUAUAGAUCAUUCCCCUGCAAUUUCCCUGCUCCAUUCACUGUCAUUUAGGAGUUAAAUCAAUUUGGUUCUGUUUAUGCAGCCCUAGCCACACCUCCCCUGGCUAUGAUUGACAGAGCCUUUCAAACAGAUGUAAUUUACCUUAAAUAAUUGUAUCUCAAUCUCUAAAUUGAACUUUAAUCACAUACAGGAGGCUCUUGCAGGGUCUAGCAAGCUAUUAACAUAGCAGGGGAUAAGAAAAUCUUAAUUAAACAGAACUUACAAUAAAGAAAGCCUAAAUAGGGUUCUCUUUACAGGAAGUGUUUAUGGAAGGCUGUGCAAGUCACAUACAGGGAGGUGUGACUAGGGUUCAGAAACAAAGGGAUUUAACUCCUAAAUAGCAGAGGAUUGAGCAGUGAGGCUGCAGGGGCAUGUUCUAUACCCCAAAACUGCUUCAUUAAGCUGAAGUUGUUCAGGUGACUAUAGUGUCCCUUUAACUUCUUUUGGAGUAUCUGACUAGCUCUACAGAGCUAAGCAGGGCCAUGCACCCUCAUCGGCUAUUGGUGUCACCUGAGUGCCCUGCUUUGCUUUCUAGAGCUAACAAGAUUCUCCUAAAGAGAAUAGAAGAUUUAUCUUCUAUUAAGACUUGCUAUUACCAUUAGACUUCCGACCAUGGUCUUCUGUAUGUCUAACUAUAAUUAACUCUUUUGAGUCUACGGAACGGUAUUUUACAUAGUCUGAGUGGACUAAUAAUUGCUGCAUAUUUCACCGCUAUUAACAUUGUGACAUCACUGUGUAUCACACAUCUUUUGAUACAAUAUUUCAUACAGCUAGCUAUAUAGCGUUGUUGCAGCUUUAUUUUGAGGGGUAUUAAUUUUUAUACUCUGUAUCUCCUAUCCACUCAGCUCGUUCCUAUAUUUUUGUAUUGCGUUACCCUUCACUCCCCUACCCCAUUGUAUCUGUAUUUCCUGCAUAGACUAUCAUACUGGAUUCGUGGAGUCAGGUAGCCGCAGCAAGGGUCUGUCUAUAUGUUGUUGUUGUGUUUGUUUGUUUUUCCAAUUAAUAAAGUAUCUUCGAAAUUUUUAAGUAUAUACAGGGAUUUGUUCCUUCCUUUUGUGGCUACACAUUUGGGACUGAUUGUUUCCUUUUUACCUGUUCUAAAAUAAUCUUUUCCUUUCUAUGUAUGAGAACUGAGCUUUUUUCUUUGUUUCUUUUAGUAUGAGAACUUAUUAAAUUUGAGCUUACAAUUUUGGUUGAUCAUAUAUAUGUAUUUUAUCUUUCAGGCUUUCUUAUUUAUUUCUUAUAUGGAAUUCGGAAUAGCGUGGAGCAGCAGGGUUCUGCAGCAAAUACAGAGAAAAAAAAUGAAAACUUUAACUCUGAAAAGGACCCAUCUGCAACUUGUGUAUGACACCAAUAUUGAUCAAUACCUGCAGCUCAAAAUACAGACAUUUGGAUAUAAAGUGUUAAGUGAGGCUAUAUGGAAUACACUAUCACACUAUGCAGGAUUGAAUGGUUUCCUGCUCUUACAUCAUCUGUUAUGUAUAAUUUUCCAUUCUUCCUCCCCAUAUUUUAAUGUUGGGCCUAAGUUCUUUUCAAGCACUUUGCCCUGCUUAAAAUGAACACCAGUAUAUUUGUAUUGGCUUUGUUGGCAACUAGUAUUGGCACUAGAGCGAUAUAUGUGAUUAUUGUUUUAUUUUGAGCUUUGACUUCAGCUCUGCAAUGCACUGUGACUUAGGAAUAGAGUUGUUGCAAUGUGCCAAAAUAGGAAACCUUAUCUUUGAUAUUAGUUCGACAGUCCUGUAGAGGACUCAUUAAUAGUUGGUCUUUGACAGACCUUCAGCAGUACAAAUAGCUGCUUCUGGAGAAGAAAAGGUUCCAGAGUAAUAGAAAUUCACCUGCGUAUCAACAGAGAAGAGAUACAAGGACCCUGGUAGACCUGAAAAAACCAGGAUGGAUGACAGAAUAGACAGAUUUUCCACAUUAGUAUACCUUGGAGUAUUCUAAAUCUAAUAUGAAGUAGAGAUAUACAUUAAUCAGAUAUCAUACAACUAACAUUUUCAAAGCUGUCUAUAUAUGACUUGUGUGAUCUGUCACUACUGCCAAAAACUCCAAAACCACCUUUCGUGGUUAUAAUUCUGCAGCAGCUUUGUAGGAUUAUUAGUCUGUGGUGAUCAACUCAAAGACAGCAUAUAAUGAUCAAAGAAAGGUUGGCAAUUAAUAACCAUAACAGCAUAGCUGGAUACGUAAUUUAUGUUUUCCUCCUUUUGUCUUAAAGUAAAAAAAAAAAAAAAAAAGUGAAUUUUUAUACAAUGAUAAAAUUGCACCUUUUUUUUUUUUUUUAUCGUUGUAUAAAAUUUCUCUUGGUUGCUCUUAAAAUCAUACAAUUAGUAAUUCAAUUUACAAUUUUUAAAAACCUUUUUUUUUUUUUGUCCUUGUUCACUUUUAAUCGUACGUAAUUAUUUUCUUCACCAAUUUAGUUAUUUUCAAAAUACUUUUUUAAAAGGUCAAUGAAAUGAAGUGUCAAUUUUGGCCAACUUGUAUUUUAUGUUUUUUUAAAUUUACGUGUGUAUAUAUGUACAUUUUUAGUAUUUAUAGAAGGAUGUUUGUUACCCUCCUAUUACACAGAAGGUACAUGCAGGGUUCCCUUGUAAGCUGCAUGCCAUUCUGGUGUUCUGGUCAGUAUGUGCAUAACUGUUUCAUAGUGCAUUCCCUAGAGGGCAUCUCAAACACCGUUCCCAUAGAUGUUGCUGAAAGUAAACUCCCAUGAUUCUCUGGCCAAUUAUUGCAUUCAAAUAAUUGUGCAAGCUAUAGGCCAUCCACAUCUGAGCGGCCAAAGUAAGAAAUUCCUGCCCUAAAGAGUCUUGGGUUCAGUAUUAAAACCUAUCUGACUUGCAAGACUCAGUUGGAGGCUUCUAUAUCCAGAGCUAGAACAAUAUAUUGCAUUUCCCUUGAACGCUCUUUAAUGACUCUCUACAAGAGUGCUAGAAUGGUUUUCAUUAAUCCGCUAUAUAUUAAUAUGUCUAUCCAGUAUGCUGUGCCAGGAUAAGUGUUUCUCUUUACUCCUUAAACCAGUUGUUUUUUUUUUAUCACUGCUAAUGCUAUUAUAAGCAAGCCCAAUCUGUGACUGACUGUUUUCUUGAGGCAGAUUAAAGGAACACUCCAGACUCCUAAAGCACUUUUAGCUUGAUGAAAACCUUUGUGUGAAGAGUGUGUCCUAUGUUGAAUAGAAAUUGACACUUUAAAAAAAAAAUUAAGCUGGUUACACCCUUUAGCUUUCCAGCAGAUGAGAUUUGGGAUAUUAAAUUAAGUAAAAAUACAAUUUGUAGGAUAUGUUAUGGAUAAUUAUGUUUUAUAAUUCUUUUUACUUGAUCUACUCUAUAUCCCCCUUAUUUUUAUCUGUGCCUCCAUGCGCAUGCCUUUUUUUCUUUCUAUGUGACCAGACCAUGUGCCUCCCUCAUUUAUAUAAUUUUCUAUUUUUAUUUUUCUAUUUAAAAAAAUAUAUAUUUAUUUUAUACAAUGCACAAAUGUGCUUUAGCAAUGCCAGAUAGGCACACUUUCAAUGUGUCUUUCUGUAGAUCAGGGGCUUUGAUGUAGGCAGCCAUCAGGAAAGUUUUCCUACAUCCGUUAUCUCCACAGAGCUAACGGAAGGCAAGCAUUCUGGGCCAGUGCAGGCCUGCUUCCCCACUCUCCGUGAGCUGUACUACAGAUCAUGGAGAAGCAUUGGAAAGCCACAAUUGUGCACUCUUGCAGUUCUUCAAUAAGAAGCAUCUGAUUGGUGUAAUCUCUGACUGGGAAAAGAGAGAAGGGCAUGUUUACAACUUUUGUAAGUGUGUAUAUAUAUAUUUAAACUCCCAAAAAACAUUUAGUAAAAAUACAUGGGUAUUUUCUUAGGGGAUAUAUCUACUAAACUGCUAACAGUUUAAUGGAGAGUUCCUUUAUAAGUACUGAUAUAAGCCCUGUGCUCAAAUUUCUACUACUAUUGGGAUGGAGCAAUGGCUGUUGGCUAAAAUAUAUAAACCAAUCCAAAAAAGUUACCAAAAUACUUUGCACAUUACCAACCCCAUAGUUGGCACCCCAAUAUUCCAGACCUAAAAGCACUUCCGCAUUCAGAGAAUUAAGCAUUUUACAAAAGGGGCCAAGUUGGGCCCUCCCAGCUAUCAGAUAGCUAGAGGGGUGUUUUUCAGAUUGAUUUUUGUCCAGGGUGGCAAUGCUUCGCUGUGAGAAGCAUUCCAGGCACAUUAAUUUACCAACACUCCAUCAAUUUAUAAAUAAAUGUAUUAAUGCUGGAGUGUUUCUAUAAUUAAAUAUUUUGCCAGGAUUCCUAAUUUAACCAUUUUUUUUAUGUUUGAGAUUUUGCUUUCUAGCUUGAAGCGGCAAGGUUAGUGUAGGAUGCCCUCCUAAUGGCAGGUGAACUUUACACUUGAAUAGCCUUUGUUGUAAUACAAAAACCAUCUUAUUUAAAUGUACAUAGAGAUUUGGGAUAGGCUGCUGGUCAUUUUUUUUUAAAUUUUUUUUUUUUUUUAACUACAAACGGUCAGUUCAAAUUGUUUACAGUGGUAGUGCGGAACAUGGGCCAAUAUGCUUUGAGAUAUAUUCUAUCAGUGAAUAUUGGGGGGGAAAUGUGUAUGUAUACAUACACACAACUUGCAAAAAAGGCUCAAAGUGAAAUGAAAUCCUAACUUUUCAUAAAGUUUACAGAUUAUAUGUAAUGGUUUUUAUAUUUAAAUAGAAUGUGUUUCUUGGGUGUAUGAAAUUUGAUCACUUCUCCACGAACUCUGUGGCUCCCACGUACCUUACAAAAGCCGAUAUGGCUUAAAAUACAUUAGCUUUUACAUACAAAUUGACCCAAUGGCCUGCAAUGUGCCUAAAGUUCUGAUAAAAUGCAUAACUGUGUAUUUGACUAUGGUCACACAUACUGUAUGGUUACAUUUUUAUAUAUAACUUGUUUUUGUUAGUUAGACCAUUUGGAGAAAGUCAAUGUUUUUUUUUUUUUUUUUCUGUAAAUGUUUAUGUGUAGAAAAGCCUGUUUCUAAUAGAAGUGUUAUUUAAUUUUAUAGAAC